GCGGAUCCUGAUGUAGAUCACAGAAUCCUAAGGUGAAAAGGGACCCUGAGGGUCAUCUAGUCCAUCGCCCUUGUUCCUGACAUCCUCUUCACUCAGGCUUUCUUUCCUCAGAGAAAGAGAGAAGGGAGAGGCGGCGGCAUUUUGUGGUUCGCCUCAGGCGCCAAAAAGGCCUCGGGGUUCACCUCAGGCACCAAAAUGCCUCAGGCCGACCCGGCCGACAAGCAAGCACGCCUUGAGUUUCCCUCACGCUCAGAGGCUGCUUUUCUUUCUAUCUUUCUAAAGCGCAAAAAAGAGCCCUGGAAGAACAGCAGGUGCAGGCGGCGGGCGAGGCCGCCUCAGCGCGGGCCCCGCCUCUACGCGAGGCUCGGCGGCCGGCCUGUGUUCCCCGAAGCCCACGUCGCGCAAAAGCGGCCGGAGGAGGAGGAGCAGCGGCGGCGGCGGCGGCGCUGAGGAGACCCGGCUAGAGCCGCCCAGCCGCCGCCAUGAACUCCAGCAACCGCACCGAGAGCGACUGGCAGGGACUGGUGAGCGAGGUGAGAGGGGGCGAAGGAACGAGGCCUGCCGCGGACUGGAAGGCGGAGCUGCCUUUUCCCGCCAUUUCCCCCCACACGGGCCUGCAAAAAACCCGCCUUGCUGGUGCAAUGGGGCUUUCCUGCCAGCCGGCACCGGGUCGCCCAUCCCUCUCCUUCCCGGCGUUUCCGGCAGCCUGCUGUGUGUAUAUAUAUAUAUAUAUACGAUCUACAGUCGGAGCGGCUUGCUUCCCUUUCCUCUCUUCAGUGCAAUUAAGCUUUGCAGCCCCACUUCCCCCGAUGCGUGUUUACUGUGCAGCAUGUCACGUGUGAAUCCAACCCCCCCCCCCAGUUAAGCGUGCAUAAGGGUUGCAGUGGUGGGGGAUUUUUUUGGGGGGGGGGGGUGGCGUCUGAGGCAAACGACCUCCCUGGCCCUCCAAAGCAGCUGGGCUAAGCUCAAAACUUGCCUCAGUUUUUCCAGGUGUGGCCAAUGCUAAAAGCUGGGUGGUUGCGUGUCACCGCAGGGAUGGUUGGCACUUGUUGCUUGGAGGGGUAUGACGGAUGUUACCUGUAUGCCACUUUGGGGGCGAGGGGGUCGGAGCGAGGUGUAUAUCUUCCCUUAUCCCUGUUAAGCUGAAAGCAGCAAACUUUUGCUAUUCCCAUCUCCCCAUUUUUAUUUAUUUUUUACUUAGUAGAGAGACCUUGGGUGUCAGGAAUUCCCAAAAAUGAGUUGCCAGGUCUCAGGGUGCGAUCAGAGGUUUCUGCAGCGCUAUUCACUCAACACAAACUUUUUUUGGUGAAUGGGAGGGCUUCAGGUGCACAGUUAAAAGUCUAAAUGAAGUCCGUGAAUAUGCAACCAUAUGCUCUUCGAUUCGUCACCAUAUCCAAGUAAAUAUAUUUAGGUUGGGGGUGGACAUGCGCCACGAUCCAGACGGAUGCCAAGGGAUUUUGCUGUCAUUCUCCUCCUCUUAAGUUGUCAGGCAAUGUCCCCCACUCGGCAGGGUAUAAGUAAAUUAUUAUUAUUAUUAUUAUUAUUAUUAUUACUGCAUGCUAAUAGGAUUUGUCCAUCUCCCAUCAGGCUUCACCUUCUUGAUUCUUGCCCUCAAAAGACCUGGCCACUCUGGGCCAAACUAGAUUUAAUGUCCAUUGCAUGAUUGCAACUAAUGUGCUGUUGCUGUUUUUUUAAAAUGUAAGUAGGCAGCUUAUGCAUAGCAUAUUUGCCCUGUGAAGGCUUCCCUCCUGAUGUAAGUUGCAGCUUCAGGGGAAUAAUUUCCAUAGAGACCACAAUAGGUGAGACUAAUGGGUUAAAUUCUUCACCCCCUGUGAUUCUGUUGCUGCUCCCCCUUUUCUGUUUUCCAUUUUUAACUUGUGCCUAUUAAUUCAUUCAGUUGUCAACUUACUAUUUUUCUUCUGGCUAGGAUUCUGUGUGUUUUUAACAGAAUCUUUGUUGGUUGAAUAUGAGCCUAUCAUUUCCUUGUUAGAGAGGGAAGGAGAAAUGACACAUUCACCUGCUAAAUUUUGACUACCCCGUGGCUUUUCAAUGUACAAGAGGAGAAAAAAAGAAAUUUGCAACCCCACUGUAAUAAUUGCCGCUGUAAACUUCAUAAAUAGACCAGAGGUGAUUGAAGUGUUGUUGGAACUAGUCAACUUUGGCAAACACUGACUAGUGUUUUCCACAGUAUCUCAAAAUGGCUGCUUCCCUAGGUUUCAAUUCUCUGCUGAUGUUCUCAAUAACAUCUUCCUUCUGUAGUCAUAGAACACUUUGAUUCCUAUAUUAUUGUACCACCAUCUCACACCCACAGCUGAGUAACACAGCCAGACUCUAAGAUUAUAAGAAAGGGUGUCAAUCAGAGUGUAAGCAACUUUCUAAGCAGCCGUUGGGUCAGCAACGCUUCUAUAAAGUGGGUAUUGCCUGUCCAUGAUUCUUUUCACUUCCAUGAUAUUCAUAUUAAUUUGGGUUGGGUUUGGGGUCCUAAAAAAGUGUCAGGCAGCUGUGCCUUCUUUCAACCCCAAUCUUACUCCCUGCCCUUCCAUUAGCACCCCUCAUGCCAUGUUGCUUCUGCUCUGAGAAAACGUUUCUAAGAAAUGAUGGGAAAUGUUGGCACAGGCAGUUAUUGGCAAUUAUGAAUGAUUAUGGUCACAUAUGGAGUACCAGCAUUCUAAUACUUAGAAUCAUAGAAUUGGAAUCCCAAGGGCCUUCUAGCCCAGCCCCCUGCAAUGCAGGAAUAAAACAACAACAACUAUUGUACAGUGGUACCUCAGGUUAAGUACUUAAUUCAUUCCAGAGGUCCGUUCUUAACCUGAAACUGUUCUUAACCUGAAGCACCACUUUAGCUAAUGGGACCUCCUGCUGCCACCGCGCCGCCGGAGCACGAUUUCUGUUCUCAUCCUGAAGCAAAGUUCUUAACCUGAAGCACUAUUUCUGGGUUAGCGGAGUCUGUAACCUGAAGCGUAUGUAACCUGAAGCGUAUGUAACCCGAGGUACCACUGUAUGUGGCAAAAAAUGGUAGUGGUAUUAAAUGUUUUGUGGUGCAGAAUAAUGGUGGCCUUAUGAGACCAAGAUGAAGACGACCUGCAAGAGAUUCCCCUCCAUGUUCUGUGAAGCUUUGUGCUAACUAGGGAUGUGCUAUGGUCUAAACCACUGAGCCACUUGGGCAUGCCAAUUGAAAGGUCGGCGGUUUGAAUCUGUGUGACAGGGUCAGCUCCUGUUGCUCUGUCCAAGCUUCUGCCAACCUAGCAGUUCGAAAGCAUACCAGUGCAAGUAGAUAAAAAUAUACAGCUGCAGCAGGAAGGUAAAUCACAUUUUCGUGUCCUUUGGCACUCAUCAUGGUCCUCUGUGCACCAGUAGUGGUUUAGUCAUGCUGGCUACGUGACCGGGAAUGUCUGUGGACAAAGGCUGGCUCCCUCGGCCUGAAAAGCAAAAUGAGUGCCACACCCUUUGACUGGACUCAACCGUCCAGGGGUCCUCUACCUUUUACCUUUACAACUUUUCACUCUGGUGUGACAGUUCCUCUACAUACCAGAGGAUGAAGCAGGAAAGUAGACUGCCUUCAUGUGUUGACCAUGAGGAUAGGGUAACUGCUGGUGGGAAGCUAAAUAUUUAAACAUUCCUGGGGGGUGGGGGUGGGAUUUCUGUAAGAAAAGCAACAAUACACAAUGAAUUUGGGUGUGUAUUUUCAAAUAGGCCUUGCAAUCUUGGCCAUGAUUUGUGUAAGAUGCUCUUUGACUCUAAAGGCCCCUAAUCUUGAACCUAUGCAAAAUGUAGGAUUAAUAACCUGUUCAAGAUGCAUUUUUGGUUGUGUGGGCUGGAAGGUAAAUAGAGAUAAGUUAUUGGCAGCAGGUGAUGGAAAGGGAGAAGAAAUGGUCUUUCCUUCUCUUUGCCUCCCCAGCCCUCGCAAAUCCACAAUAUUUUGCUCAUCCUCACUUGCAGUGCUCAAUUAUGUACAUUAUUAUAUACAUCUAAAGCUACCAUAUAAUCCUGUUUGGUAACUUACCAUUAGUUUUAAGAAAAAGAGAAAACAGUUUCAUAUUAUUAAGCAGGAAAUUAGUCAAGUGUAAUUAUUUGAAAACAUAGCAAAAAAAUAAGAAGCAAGGAUAGGAACUGAGAUGGAAAACUGGAACUGCACAUAUUUAUUGGGUUUCUUUGCCUAUUGGAAAUUUUAAGGGUCCAUAAAAUAAAGACGUAAAGACUUACCAAUGUUUUUUCAGAAGUAAGUCUUGCUGUGUUUAAUGGGACAUAACACCCAAGUAAGUGUGCACAGGGUUACAUGGGAAUAAACUCAGUUUUGCUAAUUGGGAUUUAUUCCUGAAUAAAUGUGCAUGAGAUCAUGCUGCCAGUUUCUCCCCACUACCUGUGUUCCUGUCUAUUUGUACUGCUGGUCUAAAGACCUGGCACUUGAUGUCACUGUGAUAAAGCAAACCUUCCUGGAAACCAGCUCUGAAACUUGUUUUGCACUGGAUGAUUGGAUUUUAUGGGCUCUUUGAGGAAAUGGUUCUUGUUUAAAGCUUAGAUCUGCAGCUGCUUCUCAAGAAAGCGCCACACAAGGUUUCACAUGCACUCACCUGUCGGCAGGGUUAGAAGCAAUGGUUCAAAUGAUUCAAUACAGUAAAAGCUACAAUCCCCCCUCAGCUUACACAGUAGAUGUUUAUCACAGACAUCUUCUGAGCACUAUUUCACACACUAUGUUGCAUAAAAUCUGGAUUUGCCACCAAAUGGCCUCUGUCUGUCUGUCUGUCUGAUGAAUAUUCGCAUUCAAGACAUGUGUAUGGAAACAUCUGCUUCUCACAUUCAAAUGUUACAUUUUUAAACGAGCAUGAGGUUUUUGUUUUGUUUUUUUAAGUGUGAUGCAAACCUUAAAUGGGGUACAAGUGAGGAAAGGGCUGCUUUACAGAUGGCUAACUCAACUCUUGUUCUGUGAUAACACAAAUAUAGUACAGUACUAUAUCUGUAAAGUUCCCUUGCGGUUUAAAGGGCUGCCCUAAAGGAGAUGAAUUGGUGCUGGAGGACAUCAAUGCUCACAAGCUAGUUUACACCCACCUACCCACACCUUGAUCUUCUAAAAAAAUUCCCCAUGUAUCUACCUAUUAUUACCUCAUGUCAACAAACAUUCAGUGCUUCUUGGCUUGCACAUUCAACCGCAAGUCACCAAGUGUUAAGUGAGCAUGUGGUGUACGUCCAUGUGUGAACCAGUCCUUAGCCAUUCUGAUAUUAAAACUGUGAAAGCAUUGCAUUUUUUUUGGCUGCUUAGGAUUAUUAUUGCCCAGACAUUUGCAUAUGAGAAUAAAAUAGUGACAAAUUCUCAGUACAUAGCAGGAAGUAGAUACGGCAUGUGUAGCAAGGAGUGGCACUGUAUUCCACAUCCUUACAGCUAGUUUGGCUUCUAUUAUCUAUCUUCUUUCUUUCUUUCUUUCUUUCUUUCGACUGCCCUUCAUUAGAAAAUAUCAGGGUGGUUCGCAGAAUAAAAUACAUAAUUUUUAAAAAGGAAAUAAGUAAAACAAAACAGCAAACAACUGCUGCCUUUAUUGGGUUCUGAGGGUCCUGAAACUUCAGCUUUUCUGUACAUUUGAUUUGAUACAAGCUGAUACAAGGAGAAGACAGAGACAGGUGACUCUGUGUGUGUGUGUGUGUGUGUGAGAGAGAGAGAGAGAGAGAGAGAGAGAGAAAGGAGUCCACAGGUGACAGAAAGAAGGAGAAAUCUGUAUGAAAGGGAGGAUAUCAUUAGUUAUUCUUAAUUAAAUUAAUAUGCAAAUCCUUUAUUUUAAUAGGACUUACUCUUAAGUAAAUAUGCCACUUUAAUAUUUCAGUGUUGAUUUGGAAUGAAAAUUAAUUUUAUUUAGUUGAGUGAUAAAAUGGUAAGAUUUUGCAAACAGAAAGGGAAAAAAACACUUGUUUUGGAACUACAGCCAUAUGCUGCUUGAAUGUGGAAGAAUUGGGAAUUUCCUCAAAGCAUUAUACAGCUAACGGGCAAGAAAGAACAACUGCCACCUACAGUAUACUAGGUUCCAAGAGUGAUAAGUGCUGCUAACUUUGAUUUCAGGUCUGCUGAUGUUAAAAGUGAGCAAGAGUCACAGAGAAGUGAAUCGAAGGUGGCAGAGAAGGUGAUAAUAAGGUGGAAGAAAGUGAGGAAAGGAAAAUUUGAAGGAGGCAGGCAAUAAUGAGCAGGUGAAAUGAAGUAGAAGGAAGAAAGAAUAGAAAAGUUUGAGAAGGUAAAGAGAAUGGAGAGAGAAAGGAUUGUGAAAGAUGGUGAGAUGGGAGUAAGUGAUAACAGAGGAGGAACUGGGAGGUGCAAGGAGGAGGCAAGGAGAAUGUGGGAGGUAAGAAGAGAGAAGAGCAAAGGCAAGACAGGUGAUGCAGGACCAGAAGGUAGGGAGAGAAAAAGACGGAAGCAGGUGGCAGAGACAGGAGCUGGUAAAAUUGAUAGGCCUUUUUGGUAACAAAACACAAGCAUAAAUAGCGAUGGUGACUUGCCCUCUUUCUCAAUAUCAACCACAGGUUUCAAGGAAGAGAAGAACCCGAGAAAUAAAAGAGAAGCUAUAUGUAUUAAAAGGGUUCGAAAGUUUGCCCAACAGUACGUGAAAUAUUGGUUUACUUGCAUUUAGAAAAAUUGUAUGCCACUACCUCUGUGUAAUAGGUGGUGGGACGCUAGUACUAUUAAGUAUAAAUCAAAAGGGGAAAUGUAAAAGUGAGUCCUGUGUGCCUGGCAAGGAAUAUAUGGUGCACCUUGGGUCUAGACUGGUUGAUGACCACUGCUCUAAAUGAAGAUAGGCCAAAGCUGAUAAGUGACACCAUAAUCUGAAUUUCCGAAGUUUAUAAUGGUGUGUCUUUCACUUUUUAGAUUUCCCCUCUCCAAUAACUUGACUAAUGUCCUGGCAUUAUCAGAUUAUGAGGUCAUUUCUGUUCAGGAGUUAAUGAGAUCAAAGCGGAUUUGGCACUAAAAAUAGCUAUGGACAAAUAGGGACCAUUUGAUGGAGAGGAGAGCUGUUUCACCUCUCUGUAAUGUUGUCUUUCUCAUUCUGUUUUGUUUAAAGCAGUUAGCAGGCAGUAAGAUAGUUCAAGCAGUAAUGUAAGACAGUUCAAGCAGUAAUGUAUUAUAUCAGUCUUUACUUAAUAGGAUCUUGUAGCGAUCAUAGUCCACUUACGAUGGUAAAUUAGUGGUAGAUAAAAGUCAAUAGACAGCAAUGAAAAUUAUUAUUUUGAAGGUAUUUAGACUUAGAGAAAUGCAGAUGAAAUUUGAAUCUAACAACUGUUUAAUGAAAGCAUUAAAUAGUUCAUUUUCACAAAAAUACACGAAGAUGUAUUCAGAAGAUUCACUUUCUAAAAAAUACCUAAAAACAAAUAGCAGUAGCUAUAACCAUCUGCAAUAAAUGGUGGCUCUUUUUUUAAAAAAAGAAAUCAAAUAAAAGUGGUUAUUUGCAUCUUAAAAGUAAAAAAAAAAACACUGUAUUUUAAAACCAGUAUAUCACAGUAGCAUCACUUGCAUGUCAUGGUAAGCUGCAGUUGAUGGCUCCCACUUUAUUUGUUUCAUACAAUUUUUUUACCGCUUGAUUGUAGAAAACCCUCAAAGCAGUUCAAGUGGGAGAAACAAAGCAUAAACCCUGACUUAAUGUUUCAAACUUAACUGGGAUUCAUGCUUGGUUGUGAUUUGCUUGGAGCUGAACAAACCACAGUCCUCAGUUUAGAUGUAAAUCUCAGCCCGGGUUUGUGGUUGUUUCUCACACUCAGUCUAGGGUAAUUGUUCUUGGCAUACCAGUUGUGGUUUGUUUGACUGAAAGAAACCAGGAUACAGUGGUACCUCAGGUUACAUACGCUUCAGGUUACAGACUCCGCUAACCCAGAAAUAGUGCUUCAGGUUAAAAACUUUGCUUCAGGAUGAGAACAGAAAUCGUGCUCUGGCGGUGCGGCGGCAGCAGGAGGCCCCAUUAGCCAAAGUGGUGCUUCAGGUUAAGAACAGUUUCAGGUUAAGUACGUACCUCCAGAACGAAUUAAGUACUUAACCUGAGGUACCACUGUACCUGGUUUGGAUUUAAUGCUAAGCCAGGGAUUGUGGUUUAUUUGAUCCCACUUGUGCUUGGAGCGAAGUUGGAGCAAUCGCCACAUACACAGCGAACCAUUAACUCUUGAAGUAGUAACAAGGUGUCCACAACCAUAUUUAUUAUCUGCCUAUCUGCAAGUUUCAUUGUUGUGUUUGGUUACUCGGAGUAUGAAAUGAGGCUUGUGUUUCUAUUUCCGUCUCCUCUUUAGCCCUAACCAUAGUAAGCCAUAGCAUCCAAAUUGGCAAACCAUAGUCAGUGUUUGCCUUCCAAAUCAAAAUAAAAAACUGUUUGAAAUGGGUUUCUGAUUUGGUUUUGGAGAAUAAGUGCCAACCGGAGUUUGCCAAUCCAAACUUCAUGACUAAUUAUGUUUAGGGCUAAGGAAACCAAAACAGAACUCCUGGAUCUGUUAUGUCUAGCAUUCCAUUUCUCCAUGUUAAAGAUGGGAGCUGAGGCUGAGAAAACAGUGACUUACUUGCUUAAGGCUACCGUCUAAGCUUGAACUGGGGCCUUGUAGCUCAGACUCUUAACUUCUUUAGCAUAUAGCAGUUUCCUAUCCAGAGUUCAUCAUUAUUCCAGGUUCCAAUGUCAUUUCAAUGGUGCAUAAAAAGCUGCAGAUUCCAGAUGCCUUUUUAAUCAGGGAAUUGGCCACUCUUAAAGUGUCACUAUAUGGAUAAGAACAAUAAUGUUGCUUUAUUGAGGGUAGUGCCAAGGCAUCAUAACCCAGAAGGUUUAUGGCAGAAAUUCAACUUUGCUGCUGCCAGUAAUAAAAUUAAUCCAAGGUGGAGGUGUCCUCUUCAGAGUUCAUUACCCUAGAAUGAUUUCUCCUUCCCUUUAAAGGACUCUUGAAAGGAUGCAUUUGCUACUUUUGGGUACCACUCAAUGCAUUAUUAUUUCUUCAUGACCUGCAGGUAUAUUAAUGCACCUUGACCGGUAGAAAUAAGCGCUGUAAGGUUCAAGAAAUCCCUUCUCUACAUUUUCCCGUCUUCAAAAAAGGAGCAGAGCAAAAGGGGUCCUUUUAUUACAGACCAAGUGUGAACAGAAAGAAAUUCUGCAGCUUUUUACACAUAUGAAACACUACAGCACAUUACAUAUUUUAGGUGCAUAUAAAUGUCCUUUUUAAAGGGAUGGGCUUAAAAACCUCACACGUGGGUAAGAUGAUAUUGCAUUUGGAAGGCUGUAAUGGAGUUCGUGAGUAGCUAGUAGAAAAAAUAUUGGGCUUCGUUGGAUAAAAGGGUGUCAUCAAAAUGAAGGGAAUAGGAUAGCUUUUUUUACUUUUAUAGAGUAGUGAAAGAAAAUGCAUCUCUGCUAGCUGAAUUAAGCACUCUGUGGUCUGAUACUUCAAUUAUGUGUGUGUUUAUGAAGAAGUAAUUCCCAUUAUGUUCAGUGGGGCUUUCUCCGAUGUAGGUACAUAUAGGGUCACAGCCUAACUACAAUCCUCAGUAUGUUUACUUAGAAAUAAAUCUAUUUUCAUCCUAAAGGUUGUAAUGUUAACCCAGAAACUGACACAGCCCAUAGUUCCUUUAAAGCACUUAAAUGUGUGUGCCCCUGCCUUUAAAGUAGCGCUUUUGCACAAUGCACUUGUCUGGUUGGUUUGGUUUGGUUUUCUUUCGUUUUGUUUUCAAGCAGCAUGUACAAACUUUUUGCCUUGACUUUCUUGCAGUAUUUGGUGUGUAAAAGGAAGCUGGAAAGUAAGAAGGAAGCACUGCUAAUUCUUUCCAAAGAGCUGGACACAUGUCAACAAGAAAGAGACCAGUACAAGCUUAUGGCUAAUCAGCUACGGGAGAAGCACCAAUCACUGAAAAAAAAAUACCGGGAACUGAUUGUAUGUAGCUGGUUUGAUAACUUUCUGUUAAUAUCUGCUUAUAUUAAAUCUUUUGCUUCUUGUAAUUCAUUGUGCAUUAUUAAUCAUUUCCUUGUAAUCCUUUUAGUUCUGUGUUCAUGAUGCUGUUUUUGUUCAUUUUUGUUCAUUUUUAUUUAAUUCAUAAUUAUGUAUUCACUAUUAUUUAAAGCACAAAUAGAAACAGCUUCAACCUUACAGUCUAAACCUCUUAGUGCUUUGAUUGCAGUACUGCAGUGCUUCAUUAAAUUACUUUUUUCAAGCAAACUAGAUUACUUUAUAAAGUCCUGUUAUUUUUCCAGUGACAUGUAAACUCCCUUCUUGUAGGAUGGGGACCCAUCUCUUCCUCCUGAAAAGAGAAAGCAGGUAGGUUUCAUUUUUGCUUGCAUGCACAUAUAAUUUACUGCUCUAUGUCAUUGGUUGUUGGUUUUUUAAAAAAAAAAUUGCUAAACUACCGUAUUUUUCGACUCCACUAGAUCAAUUGGUCCAGUAGGUACCAUCAAGUUUUAGGAAAUAACUAGAGUAACAAAUUACUUCGUCACAGGCUCCAGUGGGCCUGGCAGUGGUACUCAGAUUAAGCACUUCUCGCCGCACCGGCUUCAGAACAGAAGUCACGCGGGACAGCGGGAGGCCCUGCUGCGUCUCCCAGCUGGUACCUCAGGUUAAGAAUGGUUGCAGGCUAGCGAGCGGAGCGCUCUUCUCCACAUUGCCAGCCUUCAGAUCAGGUCCAGGGACAGCACGGAAGACGCACUGCGUCUCCCAAGCCUGUAUCCCAUCAGAGCCUGCAGGGCUGGUCGGUGAGAAUCCAUACCACGCACAGUCAGCCUGCAAAUCAACAGUCAAGAGUUCAAACAGGAUGGCGCUACUCGCCUCCCUCUGUCCCCAAAGCUGUGUGCUCAUUGGAAAAAGGGCUGUCAUCCUAGCAGGGCCUCCCCGAUGAUGAGGUGGAGAUGCAGCCGCCGCUCGCACUCCAGGCUUCAGUAAGCUCUGCCACUGCCGCCAUAGGACGCACGCAGCUUCUCCUGCGAUCUUGUGGUGGGAAAAGUGCGCUAUGGACAAGAGUACGGUCCUGUUAUUUUGAUUCCACUAAGCAAGUCUCUACAGUGAGUAGCCUCGGGUUACAAACACCUCGAGUUAGCAAACUGACUUAAGGCUUUCAAGGACUCUACUAAUCUGGAGGUAGUACCUCAGAUUAAGAACUCUGCCGCAGGGCCCCACCCCCCGCAUCACAAGGAUGGCAUCAGGGCAUUUUGUCUCUUGCCAAGAUGCCUCUAGCUGCCCCUGCUAUCAUCCCAGAAAGAAGGAGUGUACCGUUCUUGAAUCAGGAGUAUAUCAGAGCUGUAGGGUCCCCUGCUUCCAAGACACUGCUUUCUCAUCAAUAUCCUGUGCAAUCAUCCCCUCUGCAAACUGUUCCAUACUUCUUAGGACUAGGUUCCCAAGUCAUGGUCCAUAAACCAUCAUUGGUUUGCAAGUGUCAAUCAGGUGGUCCACAGCAUAUCCACGUUAAAUAUCCAUACUGAUUUUUAUUGCUUCUUUUAUUUCUCAUAUUGUAUUAUUGUUACAAUUUGAUUUUCACAGAAUUCAGAUUGUAAUACAAUUUGAAGAAGAAGACUAAUACAAUUUGAACAAGAAGAAAACACGUUAAAAGAAGCAAUAAACAUAAAAUUAAAAAUCACACAGCGUCUAGUACAGUGCAUUGCAGUUGCUAGAACAAGAAGAAAAAUCAUUAAAUGGUCCGCCUUAGUCCUUUUCAAGCACUCGGCCAGGAAAAAAGUUGGGAACCACCGGUCUAAUAACAGAGAAAUUCUGAAUCGGGUUUGCCACAAUCUAAACUGUAACUAACAAGUAGCGCAAACACUUCUAUCAACAAUGAGAGGGAAACUGAAAGUGCCCUCUGUUGAAGUAGAUUAGAGGAUAGCAGUGGCAUAUUGUCAGUUCUUUGGGCAUACUAGAAUUAGUAGGUCAACAGUUUUCAGUGUCUUCAUUCCCAAUCCUUCCCCCGUAAAACCCAAACAUUGUGAUGGAAAUGAAUGCUUUGGGUUGUCACGUCUUUAAAAUAUUUAAAAGCAUUCCAUUUGAAAAUAAUUUUCAAGUAAAGCUUUGAAUUUAUUUGACUAUAAUAUUUUCAACUUGAAAGGCCCACACAGGUUAAUCAACAGUGGCUUAUAGGGCUAAGGAGAAGUGUUGUGCCACAAAUUCCCUCUUCUGUUUUUUUUCAUGUGCCUUAAUGCAAGGGUGUUUGUUAAAGCCACCAUUUUUCAUUGGGUCUAGGAAAGGGAAGGACAAGUUGUGUCAUAACUGAAAAUUGUGGUUUAAGUUCCAGUAACAAUUCUGGCUUGCAAACUAAGAUUGAACCAUGGUUUCCAAUUUUGGUUUGUCAGAGCUUAGACCACAGUUUCCUACCGUAUAUUUCGCUCCAUAAGACGCACCUAGUUUUUUAGAGGACAAAAACAAGAAAAAAAAUAUUCUGAACGAAACAGUGGAUGGAUGAUUUCACAAACAUGUGAUUUGACGGUGAGUUUGGGGUAUCCCAAUGCAAAAAUCCUGAGUAUCCAUGUGGAUCCGUGCUUUGUAACCAUGUUUUUGCACCAUUGCAACCCCAUCCACAGUGGGUGCGUGAUUUUUUUUGGUGCAGGCUGUAGCCAUGGACAUGCUACGUGAUCUGAUGGUGAAAUUGGGGUGACCCAAUGUAAAAAUCCUGAGGAUCCAUGGGCUUUUACCUCACCACUCCCAGGCAGCCUCCUUUAUUGCUAGCGUCCCUUAUCUCCCUCCCAAUCGCUUGCCCAUCAGUGGCUUUGUUUCAACACCCCCUUCCCUCUUUCAAAAAAAAAGGGGAAAGCAUGAUCUGCUUUUUGCCUCUGGGCAAUUCGGCUCCAGGGCCCACUAAUCUGCUCCAUAAGAUGCACAAACAUUUCCCCUUACUUUUUAGGAAGAAAAAAGUGCAUCUUAUGGAACGAAAAAUACGGUAAUUCAGAAUGGUAUCUCCCUAUACCAAGGAAUCUUUCACCAGCUUCUGGAUUGCGAUACCAAUUAAGAGUUUGGGAAAGCAAUAGUUUCUGGCCAGCAGGAAAGGGCAGAAAAAUAAUUUGCAGCCUGUUUUUAUCUGGGGCACCGAGGAUGUGUUGGAACUGGGCACGCAGAAGAUGAAGCACAUCUAGGUGCUGGCAGUUGGAUUUAGAGUGUGUGGAGUUGCUUUCUACCAUGGGGAUGUCUAUUUUUAUUUAUACACUGCUUUCUUGUAAAACAAAAACCAUCCAAGUGGCUUACAACAAGUAAAACAGUAAAAUCAUGAAAAAAGCCACAACCCUAUUUAAAACAUACAACAGUUAAAAUACUAAAACAGAUGAAAAUUACCCCAACUUUCUAAGCAUCAGGUCGGUUUAGAAGCUGCUCUGAUUGCAUAUAUGUAAAUACAGUAAAGCAAAUAGGUAUGGUGUACUUACAAACACCCUAGGUGCUCCAUCAAAGGAGGCCCUGGAGCACAUCAUUGUUCCAGGAAGUGGGGAAUGCAGAACAAUAUAUUGGGUCUAUCCUCACUUUCAUUCCUUUUUUAAUUCUAGUCUUAAAACAUUGUUAGAAGUGUUCAAAGCUGGAAACUUGUUUUACAAAACUUUGUCUGGUUCUUCUUACUAUGUACCACCUCCCUAGUAUUAGGAAUAUGUUGUUUGGGCACUUUGUUAAACAAAGUGUUAGUAUUUCUCUGGUGAAUCAUAUUUAUUAUAAAAUCUGAUGGUGGGUUUACUUUCCCUCCAAUACACAUUUGUUUGAUUGUUCAUUUUGUUGGAAAUAUCCUUCCUGGAGCUCCAAAAGCAUUUUAUUUGCGUGGAAAGACCGUGACAGGUAUCCUUCAUCACUUGAAAAUUAAUGCAUGAAAGUUUGUUUCUACAACAAAAAUGUAAUGCUAGCAGAUAUCAUCAAUUUUUGUGGUUGGUGUUGAGCUCUAGGGUCUCUUACUAAGCAAAGCAGGUUUUACUGCAUUAAGUUGGGUGCCACAAUCAUACAAAACCAUUGAAGUAGAAAUUGCAAUAAAAAUUGCUAUCAAUCACACUUCUGAAGUGUACUUGAUGUUUCAUCAGAUUUUUCUACCUGUUCUCCUUUAUUCCAGUUGUCUAACUUGAGCUGUGAGCUUAAACACUGGAAAAUAAUUUAAGCUUCUAAGAGACUUGAGCGUGGUUUGAACAUUUCUGUCUAAAUGGCUCUCGUACUGUUGUCUCUCACAUUUGCCCCUCUUGUUCCCCCCUUCAUCCAAAAACCUAGUUUACAGGGCACGGUUGUGGGAGGGGAUAACAACUUCUGUGCGCUAACUACGAUUUAUCUGCCAAGGACUGAAGGGUGCAUUAAGUUUGUUACUAUCCACCCUUCAGUAGUCUGAGGCAAAAUAACUUGUGGCAGGAUUUCAAAAGCUGUGUUACGGAAAUCGAAUUUUAGGGUAGUGGGUGCUUUAGGGAGAAUGUUACUUCGGUUACUGGCUUUUUUCUACUUGGGGUGGGUAAUGAGAGAAUUUAUCAAAUUGCCAUAUGGCAAGUGUACAGUGGUGCCUCGCAAGACGAAAUUAAUCCGUUCCACGAGAGUCUUCGUCUAGCGGUUUUUUCGUCUUGCGAAGCAAGCCCAUUGACGGAUUAGCGCUAUUAGCGCUAUCAGCUGUUUAGCGGCUAUUAAAGGCUUAAAGGCUUAGGGGAUUAGCUGCUAAAAGGCUAUUAAAGGCUAUUAAAGGCUUAGCAGAUUAGAUAAAGGGGGGGGAAAGCGAAAAUAAAAUCUCAAGACUCGCAAGGUAUUUUCGUCUUGCGAAGCAAGCCCAUAGGGGAAUUCGUCCUGCGAAGCAACUUCAAAACGGAAAACCCUUUCGUCUAGCGGUUUUUCCGUCUUGCGAGGCAUUCGUCUUGCGGGGCACCACUGUACUUUGGUUUAUUUUGGUUUACCCUUCCCCAAAGUCUUCUGUUCAUUGUGCUGACCGAAAAACCUUACUUUUGAAGCUUUAUGUCUUGGGAGCCCUGGGGGGGGGGGGGAAAUACUAUUCAGGUUGAGGCUGGUUCUGCUUAUGUAAAGAGGCUUUCAAAGAGCAUCUGCUGCAGAUGGCUCCAUAGGUCCUCUUCCUUUUGGCAGCCUUUGUCCUGGUGACAUUUUUGUUUGUGAAGGAAUUCCCUCCCAUUUUCAUCAGUAUACAGUCGUACCUUGGAAGUUGAACGGAAUCGGUUCCGGAAGUCCGUUCAACUUCCAAAACGUUCGGAAAUCAAAGCGCGGCUUCUGAUUGGCUGCAGGAAGCUCCUGCAGCCAAUCAGAAGCUGCGCCGGACGUUCAGCUUCCGAAAAUCGUUUGGAAACCAAAACACUCACUUCCAGGUUUCAAUCAUUUGGGAGCCGAUUUGUUCGGGAGCUACGGUGUUUGAGUUCCAAGGUACGACUGUACUAACACUUUAUACUGUUUUAUUGGUAAAAGAAAAAAUGACUAUUACUCAUACUUAAUCUAAACACAACUACAAGGGCCCUUGAUUAGGCAUUUUAUCUAUGUGAUAUUGAAUGAUAUCUUAAUUUUCUUCUAUCCUGUUUCCUUAAUGUUACUGUUUUUAUUUAAACCACUCCAUGAACCAAGAACUUAUACAUUGAAUGCUAAUAAUGAACCAUAAGUUGUAGAUCCUACUGCAAUUUUUUUGUGCUAUUUUGGUGAUGUACAAAUGACAUGCGAAUCUCAUGGAAUCCCAUAGAACUGUAGAGUGGGAAUCUAGCUCAACCCCUGGCAGUGCAGGAAUCCUGCCCACAGCUGUCUCUGGUUAUCAUUUAUUACUCCUAUGAUCCCUGCUUAGAAAGCCCAAUAAAAAGUUACUGAAAUAAAAAUAAAUAAAAAAUAAAGGAAAUGAUGGCUUUGCAGAUGUGUCAGUGGAUAGCUGUUUCAAUGCUGCUCCAAACCAUAGUUUAAUGAGAUGUGCACAAAAUGGAACAAGGCUUGGCAAGCGAUGGUUUUGUGCACUCCUCUUUCCUCUCCCCCCGCAUGGCUAAGAGGGAGGUGUUUGGAAUUUUCAUUUUCCAGUUUUGUUUAGUACAGCCUGUUUCAUCUGAACUAACUGACUGGUUAGUAACGAUGGUUUGUUUGAAUCAAGCCAACUUGAAGCCAUGGUUGAAGUUCCCAUUGACUCCUGUGGGUGCUUUCCUCUAAAUUCAUAUAGCCGAUAAAGGCUGCACAAACCAGUUUGGAACCAUAGCAGGAAUUGUGUCACAUUAGAUAGCUCCUUUAUCGAAGCAGUUUCCAGGAAGUUAUAAUAGACAUUCUAAGGGAAAGCAACAGACAAAUAGAAGAAGAGAAGAGUUUGGAUUUGAUACCCCGCUUUAUCACUACCCGAAGGAGUCUCAAAGCGGCUAACAUUCUCCUUUCCCUUCCUCCCCCACAACAAACACUCUGCGAGGUGAGUGGGGCUGAGAGACUUCAAAGAAGUGUGGCUAGCCCAAGGUCACCCAGCAGCUGCAUGUGGAGGAGCGGGGAAUCGAACCCGGUUCACCAGAUUACGAGUCUACCACUCUUAACCACUACACCAGGUCUUCCACCACCUAUUAUUUGUAAAUAGGUGUAUGUGAUAACUUUUCUAAAUAACAGCUUUGUGACUUUCUUGCAGAGUUAAUAACAGCUCUUCAUACUUACUGCCAGCAAUUGUUUAUAAAUGAUAAUAGGUUGACUAAAUAACUACAGCUGAAAGGAAUACAAGUCCAUCCUUUCAUUUCUUGAAUGAACACUGGUUAGCAAACACUUUCCAUUUUUGCUAACCAUGGCCAGCUCUAAAGCAAUAGACGUUAGAAGCAGUUUUGCAAACUGCUGUAUGGGGUUAACCAUGGUUAGCAAAUCACCAGUGCAGAUGGUUCACUCUGAAAAUGAGAAAGUGCCUGAGAUUUGCAUGAGAAGCAAAAAGCUGUAUAGUAGUCCUCAUUACUUCCACUUGUAUAAGAAUUUGCACAAGUUGUUCUUUUCUUGCACAAUGCUCUAGGAGGCAGAAGAUGCCUUUUGCAUGUAACACGGCACGUUUGGCUCCAACCCAGUGAGCGAGAGCUGUGCAAGAACGUGUUUAAUAUUCUUGUGCAGCUCCCAUUCACUUCAGGGAGCUUUGCCCAGGAUAAAUUCCCAUUGGAUUGCACCAGUUGAUAAGGUACACUUGUAAGUGAGUGACGAUGUAAAUAAUAUUUCUUUUCAUAAACUUCCUCAUCUUAAUUAUGGCCUUGUGAUAUUUAGCCACUGGUCUCAAUCCCUUGUAGUAAACAAAGUGUGGCAGGAUUUUUCCCCUGUGGUAUCAAACGAUAUUUGUGCUGCCAUCUGUCUUUGUUUAUGUACAAGGUUUAUGUGCACACAUGGUUGAUUUAUUUUAUUUUUUGCAGUAAUUUUAGUUAUAGGAAUGAUGCUUUUUGGCCUAAUGAAGCGUUUGGUUCCCCUCGCCACCAGUCAAACUAUAUACAAAUGUCGCACUGCAUAAAGCUUAAUGAUUUUUCUCAGUCACAUCUUCAUCAUCCAGCUUUUGACUCACUCUUGUUUGAUGAAACUUUGCAAUUUUCCUAGGCUAAUCUUGCCCAACUCCUGAGUGAUUCUCGGGAUCGAAAUAAGCAUCUGGGAGAUGAAAUCAAAGAACUUGAGCAGAGGCUGGGAGAAGUCCAAGGGGACAACAAGGUAUUGUACAAGUUGCAUUUGAAAGUAAAAAGGUUAUAGCUUUUGAAGUAAUCUAGUCUCUCAUUCAAUUUGCAUAACCGCAACCAAAGACAGUUUUGCCUGCAGUUUUCCAGAUUGUGAUCUAUUGGUAUUUAAAUUGGAAGUCCAAUCCAAAAAGAAUUGAUAACAUCUAUGCAACUUUUGCACUGUGCCUUUCAUAGUGCUGUGUAUGUGUUUGUAGCAGUUGCUCAGUAUUCAAAACUCAUAAAUCCCAGAAUAAAAAUAGCAGUCCCUUAUAUUACAAAAGGGUUUUAAUAUAUUGUAUAAUUAUUAUGCCACUUUUCUCGCAAAAGUGACCCGAAGCAACCUACAAAAACAAUAAAACUAGUGUGGGGAAAAACACCCAAUAAAAAAUUUAAAAAACAACUAUACAGAUAAAGACAACCCUUCCCCACUAACAGAGGUCACAAAUACUUGAAACUCUUCAAAUUAAGGGCCAAAAGCCCAGGUUAAAAGGAAAAUGUUUGCUGUACUUGAGCUUUGAUCCUUUAAGGUAGAUCCUUCACAUUUUGGUUUGUAUGUGCAUACGUUUCAGGAGGUCUUAAAACUUCUUCAAAAAGGCAUUACAUUUCCCCCCUAGAGUUUUAUCUGUUGACUCUCUAACAACUCAUAUCCCAUUUGUAAUCAAGUUCUUAAUUGGCAGUUUUUCCACCCUAGUACUGUGUAGAAUUCUCCCUCUUCAAACGCCCAUUUCCUUCUGCAGAAUAUCAUUUUAUAGUUGGAGAAUUCAAACAGCAGAGCUGAUACUUUCGUAUAUGAUAUGAUUCUGUUUCAAAGAUUAAAUGAGGAAAAUAUUAAAAUGCAGUUAGUUCUGAGUGUCACAAACAUUUCUGAUGAUACCUGAGAAAGGGUAAGGGGGCUUCUCUGGUUUGUUGUUUUCCUUCUCUCUUGAAUGUAAGAAGCACUGGCUCCUGGCUCCAUCUAAACCUAAUCUAAGAAUUGUAAAGUGGAUGAGGCCAUAAACUCCCCCACCUGCUCCAUUAAUCCCCUACUGCAAUUUGCAAAAUAACUUUCUAUAUAUUGUGAUUUAAAAGCCAAAUAUUUAGAAGCUUGACAUACCCUUUAUACUGCUGUUUUGAGUUAAUCAUUGCUGGCUUUCAUAGUUUUAAUUAGUGUUUCAUAAUAAAUUAUCACUAGAAGGCGAGGCAGAUCACUUUCUGUUGUGAUUUAGUAUUUUCUUUUACUAGAAAAUUAGUAUUUUCAGUAAGUGCAGGCACCAUUUUAAAAGGUCCAUUAUAUGAGGAGUACAUUCACAUUUUGCUGCUUAAAAAGACAGAUGGGAGGGUUCAAAUAUAUACAUAUAUAUUACUUUUUUAUUUUAAAACAUUGCCUGCUAAUCACCACUUUAUAAAUUCAUUCCUAAAUUUAGCAGUUUAUAUGGAACAUUACUCGUAAUUCUGGCACUAGGUAUUAAACAAAUGUCACUUGUCUGUGUUAACUAAUAUAUAUGAACUCAAAUGCAUUUAAUAAUCGUAGCUUUAUCCAUGUGCAAAGCGUUGAAAACCAGGAUUUAAUAGUGCAAUCCAGAAAGUGCAAGAUUAAGGAAAAACAGGAUUUUAAAGCAGAGCAGCAGUCUUCAUGGCUGCACUGACCGGGGCUGAUGGGAAUUGUAAUCUGGAAUAGCUGAGGAAAAGGCUUCACUAGUGCAUAGGCAACAUAAAGUUCAACAGUUUAGUGCUCAGGUAGGGAAAGAGGUCUACAUUGCUUCCAAUCUGACCUGCAGAGGCUUCCCAUCUGCACCCCCCCCCCCCACUGCCAUGUUCCCUGAAGCACUGUCUUUUAAUUCACAUCCAUGUGAUCAGAGCAGAGGCUUUGGCAGAGUUCUCAGCUGCAGGCUCCUAUGCCAGGGAAGCAAAUAUAAGGCAUAUGGGACAAAGUAUCUGAAAUGUCUAAAGAGGAGACCCUGCUCAAAUUUUUGUGUUGAUUCUGAGAAGGAGAAAUGUAAAGAGCCCCUUGUGUCUCAAUCUGUAUGGAAGAAUGUUGCUGCUGAGCUUUUAGGCCUUGUUGUUUUUUAGUCGUUUAAUUGUAUCCGACUCUUUGUGACCCCAUGGACCAGAGCACGCCAGACACUCGUGUCUUCCACUGCUUCCCGCAGUUUGGUCAAACUCAUGUUAAUAGCUUUGAGAACACUGUCUAACCAUCUCGUCCUCUGCUGCCCCCUUCACCUUGUGCCCUCCAUCUUUCCCAACAUCAGGGUCUUUUCCAGGGAGUCUUCUCUUCUCAUGAGGUGGCCAAAGUAUUGGAGCCUCAGCUUCAGGAUCCGUCCUUCCAGUGAGCACUUAGGGCUGAUUUCCUUAAGAAUGGAUAGGUUUGAUCUUCUUGCAGUCCAUGGGACUCUCAAGAGUCUCCUCCAGCACCAUAAUUCAAAAGCAUCAAUUCUUUGGCGAUCAGCCUUCUUUAUGGUCUAGCUCUCACUUCCAUACAUCACUACUGGGAAAACCAUAGUUUUAACUAUACGGACCUUUGUCAGCAAGGUGAUAUCUCACCUUUUAAGAUGCUGUCUAGGCCUUAGUUCAAAAUACCAUCCUGUUUAAAAUACUUUGCUGCCAUAUAUAUUCAUCAUCAUCAAUCUUUAUUACAGUCCAGAGACCCAACAAAUCAUUGCAAAGUAAUACACAAUUCAUACAGCCUACCUUCAGGUUAAACAAGCAUUUUGUUUAGAACAGGGGUGUCAAACUCAAAUUCAUCGGGGGCCGCAUCAGCAGUUUGGUCACCCUCAAAGGGCCGGUUGUAUCUAUAGGACUCAAUAUGCGCUCAAUAUAAAAACAAGUGGAGGUUUCCUGAAUGCAUGUAAAGUGGAGGUUUCCUGUGUAGAACGGCCGGCGCCGCUAGAGGGCAGACGUUCUCUGGCUUGUAGGCUGCCGCACAUGCGCUGAAGAGGCGGCUUUCUUGUGUCAAAAAAAAAAAAGCGAGAAUAAAAAGUGAAGGCCGGCGGCGGCUACACAGGCCACAUGACGAGGUCUGGCGGGCUGGAUUUGGCCCGCGGGCCUUGUGUUUGACACCCGUGGUUUAGAAUAUAGGGAUCAUUUGUUCUUGCAACCACCGAUAAAAACUUUGCCACUGCUAAUGUUGUAGCAUUUGUCCGGUCUUCCAGUAGGAACCUGACAUAGUGAGCCUCUGAUUUUCCCGGGAAAGGUACCAGCAAGGGUAGUAUCAGUUCAGCCCUGGCUUGCUCAUAUUUUGCACAAUGCAACAAAAUAUGUUUUAUGGAAUCGAUGUCUUCAGCACACGAGCAAAGUCUGUCCUGGUAUAUAUUCCCAACAAUAUAUGGAAGAAUAGAGCCAGCAGCCUGGUUCACACGUAUCGAGACACUCUGGUUUGAUUUUGUUUUGGUAUAACUGGUUUGAACAAAGCACAGUUUCUCAUAUUCAGUCUAGCAAGAAACCAGUUUGUACCAAACUGCAAUAGGAAGAUUUAAACUUCCUCCCCUCUUGCAUAAAGAAGGAUGGUACAUGGUUGAGGCUCAUUGUGAUGCAGUUGCUUAUCUCUGUGAGUUGUUUGAGGAUAAAAUUGCUUGUUUCUGCUGGAACAUCAGCUCCAUUGUUAUUGCAGAUGAAUUGUAAGAAGGGUCCAGAUCACUGUCUAGUCUAGUUGUAUUUGAUGUGAACAAGGCAGUUGGUUUGAUCUGGGACACCACGUGCUCUUGAUCUUUGCCCAUUAUGGCUGAAUAAAACUAGUAAGGAAGGGAUGGCUGGCUGGUGAUGAAUUUCUUCUUGCAGGGGGAUGAGGUGCCUGUCUACCUAAAGGUGCCAGUGGUAAGACCAUAAGAAACCCUUGCAGAAUUAAGAAAACCUAAAUAACUAUCAGCAGAUUGCUAAUAAACCUUCUUGAGUUCUUGAGCACUUGAUUGUGGCCAGAUCCCAGCUUUCUUGGAAAACUGAUUAUCUAGAUCCAUUUCAAUCAGGGUUUAGGCCUCAUUUUGUUGGAUGACUGUUUUCAGAGUGUAGUGCCUGGGCAGUCUUAUUUAGCCCCAUGUGGGGUGCCACAAGAAUCCAUUUUAUCCCCCAUGCUGCUUAACAUCUACAUGACACUGCUGAGUGGAAUCAUCAGGAGUUUUGGUGUGUAUUGUGAGCAAUAUGUGUGGCAAUGGAUGUAGUAAACCAACGUCUGGCCUCAGCAGUGAGCCAACAAACUGAAGCUUAUUCCAGAUCAGACUGAGGCACUGUUAGUGGGUUGUUUCCUAGACCACAUGGGCAGGGCAGGGCCUGCUUUGAAUGGGAGCUUACACGCCCUCUGAAGGUGCAGGUGCAUAGUUUACGAGUACUUCUGGAUUCACUACUAUUGCAGUGGUGCAAAGUGCCUUUCAUCAGUCAUUCAUUCAGUCAUUCAUUCUAUUUGUAUGGUGCUUUUCUGCACAGAAAAAAAAUUAUGCUCAAUACAGCUUGCAACAAAGAAAACAGGAAUAAAUUUCAAACAAACACUACAAAAACAAUUUCGUAAUGACAACAAAACAAUAACGUAAUAACAAUUUCAUAAUAACACCGCCAAACGAUAGCAAAUAUAACAAUAUACAAACAACCACAUUUGAAUACUAUAAAUAUAGCAAGAUUGUAUAAAUGGCAUACAUAAUCCGUUAGCAAAAAUAACAAGGGAGGUUCACAGUUUCACCUUAUUCCUCCCAGGAUGUUGCUGGUGGCCCAGCUAUGCCCCUAUCUGGACAGAGAGAGCCUAGCUUCUGUUGCUUAUGCUCUGUAACCUCUAGUUAGAUUAUUGGAAUGUGUUAUACAUGGAGUUGCCUUUGAAGACAAUUUGGAAACAGCAGCUGGUGCAGAAUUCAGUGGCCAGGUUGCUGAAUGGGACAAUGUGGCAGAAAUCCAUUGGCAAUUAGUUACUGAAGUCAAUUCAAAGUGUUGAUUUUGACCUAUAAAUACUCAAGGACUUUAUACCCUAAGGACCACCACACUCCUUGAGAACCAACCCUGAACUUGUGUUUGUCAUCUGAUGCCCUUCUCCUUCUCCAAAGAAAGUGUGGAAGUUGGCAACAUGAGAAUGGUGCUCUCAGUGGUAACUUCCUGCUUGUGAAUUGCUUUCCCAUGGAGGUAUGCCUGACUCACCGUUAUUUAUUUUUAGGACCCAGGAGAAAACAUUUUUAUUCACUUAGGCUCUAUAGCCUUAAUUUAGAGGGUAUUGGGUCUAUCCGUGGCCACCUUUUUGCUCAUCUUUUUAGUGAGGUAGGUUGAGUUAGAUCUGCCCUUUUAUAUGUAUUAUGGAUGGGCAUCUUAGGUUCCUAUUACAGUUUUUAUAUUUAGUUUUAAUGUUGCUUCUGUUUUUUUGUGAAAAAAAGCAUUUAAUAAAUAAUACAACAACAACAAUAGGAAACCACUGUUUCCCAAUAGGUCUGAACAAGAUUAAUGUUUUAGCUUAUAGUGGCUAAAUUUAUCAUAGGCCUGCUGUGCAGCACUUUUAUAGAAUUAAAAGAAACAUGUAAUGUUCAGCAAUGAAUUGCUUUCUGUGGUGGUAGUUUUAAUAUUUGCCAGUAUCUCACAUGUACAAGAUUUGUGCACAUUCGUUUUUCUCUGCAGAGUGUUCUGUUUAGAAGAUCUUUCAAACUGAGAGUCCCAGCAUGAGUUAAAACCUUGUUUGUUUACACUGGCAUUAAUCCUCAAGCUGAAACGCAGUGAUGCCCCAUUUGCAUUCAUGGAUUCAACUUUAAGGAUUGUAGCUAGGAGCUGGGUUUGCACAUCACAGUAAGCCAUAAACCAUGGCUUACUGUGCAUGAGUGAAGAAUAUCCACUUUGCUCCUUCCCACUCCAUGAUCUGCAGCCAACAAACCACAAACUGUAGCCAAGUUUUGUUCUUGUCUGACUGUACUGCUGAUUGUAGUUUGUUGGAGCAAAAGAAAUUACAGUCCCUGGUUUGGAUGUCUAAGGUAGGGAUCAUUUCCUCCCAGCAUACUAGCAGAGAGGAGACAAAAAGCCCAGAUAGAAGUGUUCACAGCAAACCAUAGUUAUGUGCAAACUGGGAUGCAUCUUGUUCUUUCUUUUCUGAACUAUGUAUAAGAACCCAAAGCCAGUAAACUUUGGAGGGGAAAGCAGUGUGGUCUUAUGUCUUGGCACAGAUCUUUUUAUUUAUUUACAUGUUUAUAGACAGGAGGACAAAUGGAUGAGAAACAGCUGUCAGCAUCGGCAGUGCUUGCCCGAGGCAAAACCCACAAAGCUUUUAGACUUCCACAACCUCUGAAUACUUGAGCACUUCCAGCUUGUAUAAAACUGCCUGUUUUAUUUUCACCUUUAGCUUUUGCUAUCUAAUCUUAAUUCAUUUAUUUGAGGCUUUGCCGACGAGAAAGUAAAAGGCUUUAUUCUUUGUGAUGAAAUCUGAUGUCAGUAGUGUGAAAUCCCAGGGAGGGAUAGCCUUUUGACUGCUUAAAAUAAUGAUCAAUCUGCUUCUUUCCUGGGUUGGAAGGGCAUACACAGGCUCCAAAAAGUAAAAGAAUAUAAAAGAAAAAAAUCUGCUUCAGUGGAGGCCAGAUAUCUGCCUGAGCAGAUGGGAGGCUACUGCCACCAAUCUUCACACUCGGGGGAUCUUGUUGAGGACCACAAAACAGGGUGCUAAGGUGGUAGAACUGGGCCAGUGGCAGAUCCACUGGAUCCUAUGCCAUCCCAUUGCCAGAUGAAUGCCCAAUUUGGACCCCUCUCCUGUGCCAGCCUGAAGUUUCUAGAUGAUGGCCAUGUUGUACCUCCACUGUCAGACUUGCUGGGAAUUGCAAGUGUUCUGUAUGUGAGCUUCCUAUGGACCUCUGGUUGGCCACUGUGUGAGUAGGAUCCUGGACUAGAUGGGCCGUUGGCCUGAUACGGAAGGCUCUUCUUAUGUUCUUACGGGGGAAGGCAUUUUAAAAUGUGUGCCUUGAACCAUUGGGUUCAGCAAAGCGAGCCCCGCUGCGCUGGCAGAUUGUUAAUUUUGUUGGAGUAUUAGACAAAAGCACUGUAAUAAUAAUUAAAGCAUGCACACUCCCCAAAGAAUAAUUUCGGUAUCGUUUUGAUAGUUGUGCUUCUAUCUGUUCCAAAGUGAAUGCCCAGAUGGUCUCUGCCAGUGUCACCUCUGGCAAGAGAUGAGCAAGCAGCUGCUUUUGCAGCCUGAAAAGAUGCUUUAUGGGUGAACUCUGCCUGGAUGUGUGAUUCAUACAGUUGUUUUUCCCCAAGCAAACUGGGCCAUAGGAGUGGGAGGAGGAGGGGAAAUACUUCAGUAGACAUAUCUAUCAAUAGGAGCAGAGGCAUGGUUUUUACAGGGUUUGGGGGGAUUUUAAGUUGUGCAGUUGCUUAAAAAUACUUGAUAAUAACUAACCGAGAACUGAGUGAAGAAUGUGCUUUAGCCAAUGACCUUUUCGGCUGUGGCCAAAAAAACCCAAGUUCAAGAGGAUUAAGUACAAAAGCAAAUUAAUUACAUAAUGUUAUUUAAAAAAACACAACCUAGGCUUUUCAUUUAUUUGGUGCAUCUCAAAAAUGUUACAAAGCACCCAAAAUCAUUUUCUGGAAAUCUGUUUGAAGAAUUUGCAACAGCAGUUAACAGAAUUGUGGUAGCACGCACACACUGCAGUUUGCAAGUUGAGUUCUAAGGCUGUUUAUUUUUGUGACCGAUCACAAUCUCUUAUCAGGCCUGACACACACCACCAGAACUGCUCCUGGAUGCAGCUUGCCUGAGGUUUAAAGGUAUCUUUGUUUCAUGCCACCACAGACAGAAUGUGCCUUUUGGACAAUAAAUGCAAAAUACUAGAGAAAUAAAAGUGUUUCCACUAUUUCUGGGCUAGAAGAUAGGAAAAUCUGAAGUUUUCUGGAAGAACUGCUCAAUAGUUCUGAGUCAUCCGUAGUGAAGUAUUAUUUUGAGUAGGAGUGGCAGAUUGGUUUUAGGGAGUGUGUUGUUCCUUGCGUUGUGAAGCAAUGCUGGAAACAUUAAAUAAUUUAUUGUGCUUUAAUACAAGAGAACUGCAUCUUAGUUUACUUCCCAGCUUCUUUUCUCUGCUUCUAGACACAUCUUUUCAGUUCUGAUGAUUUUGUUUUUUCCUCUUCCCCAUCUCUUAAAGGAGCCUUACCUUCAUGGUGAGAGAAAAAGAUAAACAGCUUACUGGGGGAAGCUUAGAAGGGUUCCCCUUUUAACUAGGAUUUAAAGCCACAUUUUAACAUUGGCUUUUUUCAUCUCAAUCCAUUUGGAGCCCUACCCCAAAAAAGCUUUCAUUAUCUGCAGUUAAGAUGGACAUUAACUUGAGGAAGGUGAAAUGUGCAGGUAGGGGUUGCAGAAUUCCAUGGUUGACUCCUAACAUCCCCUUUGAAGUUAGAAGGCAGCCAGCAUUGCAUCUGCAUCAGAGCACAGCUUCUGUCUUUUGUGUUCUUUCUUCUUCACAGUUUCUUCUAAUUUUAAGCAAAGAUUUGCUUUAGAUGUACCCAUUCCAGUUUAGGUCCCCUGAAAGCUACCAAGCAGCAAAAAUUUACUGAGCAGGAAAUAAUAAUCACCCGCCCUUCACCCUAAGGUCCUAGAGCAGGUUACAGCAUUAAAACGUAAUUUUAAAAUCAGUUUGAAACAACUUAUAAUCGCAAAAAUAAGGUGGGUUCUAAAAUAUAUAUACCUCAAGUGUCAAAAGCCAGAGGUGCAUUUUCAGCAUUCACUAGGAAUUGUAUACUAAAGUUGCUGGACACACAACUCUGAGAAGGCAUUUCCACAGCUUAAGGGCUUUCGCAGAGAAUUUGUUGUUGUUUAGUCGUGUCCAACUCUUCGUGACCCUAUGGACCAGAGCACGCCAGGCACUCCUGUCUUCCACUGCCUCCCGCAGUUUGGUCAAACUCAUGCUGGUAGCUUUGAGAACACUGUCCACCCAUCUUGUCCUCUGUUGUCCCCUUCUCCUUGUGCCCUCCAUCUUUCCCAACAUCAGGGUCUUUUCCAGGGAGUCUUCUCAUGAGGUGGCCAAAGUAUUGGAGCCUCAGAAUUCAAAAGCAUCAAUUCUUCAGCGAUCAGCCUUCUUUAUGGUCCAGCUCUCACUUCCAUACAUCGCUACUGGAAAUGCCAACCCCCUAAUCCCGAGCCUCUUGAGGGUGGAGUAAGAGAGCACUCUCUGCUGAUCUCAUAACCCGAGAGGGUCUGUAAGGAAGGAGGUGGUCCUUCAGAUAUUUGGGACCUGAGUCCUUUAGGGCUUUAAACACUAACAUGAACACUUUGAUUUGGGCCCAGAAACAAACUGGCAACCAGUGCAGCUGUUUUAAAAUGGGUUAUAUGAUACCUAAAUGGAACCCCGGCCCCUAAUCUUGCUGCUGUGUUAUGGACCGGUUGAAGUUUCCGAGUUACCGUAUUUUUCGCUCCAUAAGACGCACCAGACCAUAAGACGCACCUAGUUUUUGGAGGAGGAAAACAAGAAAAAAAAUAUUCUGAAUCCCAGAAGCCAGAACAGCAAGAGGGAUCGCUGCACAGCGAAAGCAGCAAUCCCUCUUGCUGUUCUGGCUUCUGGGAUAGCUGUGCAGCAUGCAUUCGCUCCAUAAGACGCACACACAUUUCCCCUUACUUUUUAGGAGGGAAAAAGUGAGUCUUAUAGAGCAAAACAUACAGUAUCUUCAAGGAGAGCAGCUCCACACAGAGCACAUUGCAACAAUCCAAUCUGGAAGUUACUAGAGCAUGGAUUACAGCGACCAAAAGGGGCCACUUCCCAGAUGUGAGAACCUGGGCGCGCAUAACACCCUUUGUCUUUUCAGGAUUCAGCUUCAGUUUAUUGGCCAACAGUCAAAGCAUCAGUGUCUCCAAGCACUGGUCUAACACCUCUCCUGAUUCAGAUGAAACACACAGAGGGAGAGACCUCUCCCAAUAAAUGUCAUCCAAACAGUCUACAAAGACAGUGCAUGUGAGUGCAUUACACUACUCCAGUCCAGUUGUAACUAAGGCAUGCAGGAAUGUGGCUUGGCCUGUCCUGUUUGGGAAAAGGUGGUUUACCAGUCUAGGCUUAGCAAAGACUCUCCUGGCUACAGCUGCCACCUUGGAAACCCAGGAGGAGCGUGGAAUCCAAAAUCCUGGUUUGCAGUUGUAUGUCGUUUCCCCACAUACCUUACAUUCAAGCUGUUCGCAAUCGUGCAUAAGAGAAAGAACCCAAAACACAAGUAACAAGUCAUUAUCCAUAAUAAUUAUGAACUCAGUUUUCUGAGUGUUGGUCCAUAGCUGAAACAGCACUGUGCACGUUCAAGAAGGACGUGUCAUCAGGGCUGGAAGAGUCCCAAGGUUCGCAUCAGUACAAAAAGCUUAGGGGGGGAAAACCCUAAGGGAUGGACCCCCAUAAGCUGGUAGGCUGUUGAAUUGGGGGCUUGGACAUGGAAGAACAACACCAGAUCUGACCCACAAACGGCUAAAGAGAUCACCUUACCAGAAUUCCAUCUGCAAUAACGGCUACUUCUAAGGCUUCUGCUGUCAGAUUAAAACUCGGGCUUGAUUCUUUGACCACCAGCUUCUCUUAGUCCUCUUUUCAACCAUCUUCCAUUCAUGUCUUUAUUAUUAGUAAAAAUGUUUUUUAAAAAAUAAAUAAAUUGGUGCUUAAAAACAUACACAUAACACCUUCCUCUUCUUCCCCAUUUUUGCUGGCAGGGAAUGCGAAAACAGCCCAAUUUGCCAAAAUGAAAGCAACGUGGGGGUCAAUGCCUCAUUGAGGCCUGCAAGUCAGUCACCCUGUGGAGCUUGUCAAAUGAAGAAUAGCAGCCACAGCAGCGUGGGCUUAAUGGGGCUGAAGCAGAGGAUCGCGGGUCAUUUGCAUCAGCAAUAUUUUAAUUGGCCCAUAGGUACUUAAGUGAUUGGCAUUCUGAAAUUGCUUUAGGUAGCCUUAAUAUGUGAUGCUCAAUUUCAGAAGAGUGAUCUUCUAUUUCAUGAAAUAUAAUGAUGUGCAUUAAUUCUGUAGCGCAGCUGCAAAAUGUUAAGUCAUGGGAGUUUUCACUGCAGAUUUCUCAUGCCUCUGCGUCAAUUCUACAAAUUGGACCACUGAGAUGUAAUUCUUUCUCUCUCCCAGCAAUGCAGAAUGUGGAGGGGGGAGGGUUGGAGUUAAAUAGUUGCAUCCACUAUGGCCUCAUCAUUUUGUAGGUAACUUGCACACUUUAUUUUCACUCCUUAAAACAUUUUUGACGGUAGCUUUGAAAAUGGUUGGCUCCGAAUUGAGUUCAUGCUAGUUUGAAUACUUGCUAUUGGAGAACACAUAAACACUGGUGAAAUAUUUUGGUUUUUCAUAUUGGGUACAUCUUGCCUGACACGGGCAUUGAUGAGGUUUUUUUAACUGCAGAGGUAUUUUAGAAUUCUCAUUGUAAAUAAACAGAUUGCUGUGUCUGAAGCAUUGAACAAAGCUGUACAAAAGGCAAUCCCAGAUUGAGGACUUCAUUCACUGAAAUUAGGUACUCAGUGGAACUUAGUUCUGAGUUAAGGGUAGCGGGUGGUGCUGUGGUCUAAAUCGGUAAGCCUCUUGGGCUUGCCGAUCGGAAGGUCGGCGGUUCAAAUGCGCGUAGUGGAUAGAGCUCCUGUUGCUCUGUCCCUGCUCCUGCCAACCUAGCAGUUCGAAAGCACACCAGUGCAAGUAGAUAGAUAGGUACCACUGUGUAAGAAAGGUAAACGGCAUUUCCAUUCUCUCUGGCACUCGUCCUGGUGUCCCAUCAUGCUGGCCACAUGACUCGGAAAGCUGUGUGUGGACAAAUGCCAGGUCCCUUGGCCUGAAGCGAGAUAACCGUCCAGGGGUCCUUUGCCUUUAUAUUUUAGGCGGUAGGUAUUUUUUAAAAGUGAUAGUAUGGAUAGAUUAUUGCUACUACUGAUAGGGAAGUUUAAGAAAAUAAUUAUAUGAUCUAUAUGUGUGUUUAGUUGUUAUUCUCAUAAUUGUCCUCCAGCUAAAACUGAAAGAAAGCCUGAGGGCUAUUUGAGACAUAACACUGACAAACACAUAAGUGUCUAAGUGUGUUCUAGAUUCCGGUAGGUAGCCAUGUUGGUCUGAUGGAGUCAUAUAUAUAUAUAUAUAUCUCCAGUAGCACCUUAGAGACCAACUAAGUUUGUUCUUGGUAUGAGCUUUCGUGUGCAUGCACACUUCUUCAGAUACUCUGAAACAGAAGUCACCAGACCCUUCUAUAUAGUGGGAGGAUGGGGUGGGUUUUUUCUCAGGAAGGUAGUAGGAGAUGGGUGAUUGACUCAAUGGGUAUGGUCUAAGUGUGUAUAAGUGCAGGGAGGGGCACAUGGACAAGAAUUGGGAGGGAAUCUAGCCCUCCAGGUGAUGCUAAACUACAACUCCCAUCAUUCCUGGGAUGAUGGCUGGGGCUGAUGGGAAUUGUUGUUUAGAAACAUCUGGAGAGCUGCAGAUUGCCAUCUCUGGCCUAACCCUCAAACUGAAUCCAUUCUCCCCAUGUGCUUUACUUGUAGUCAGGCUUGCUUCUGUUAUCGUAACCCACCCAAGGGGAAAAUGGGGUGCGGGCAGGUAAGAUUUGAAUAGGGAAGUUGUAAGUGGUGAGAAGAUUGCCCCUCACAUGUGCACACAUUUGUUAUAAAACAGGACUCGCAGACAUACCGAUCUGUAUCAUCAUCAUAUAUUUCUAUAUCCUGUUCUUCUGUUGAUGUACUCACAUAACCUAACAGCACAGAUAAAAGAAAGUCCAAUAAAAUAAAAUACAAUAGAAAUAAGUGCUUAAACAAAAACAACAAUAUUACACAUGCUUUGUACAUAUUGGAGACAGAUUUGGGUUUAAACACACUGUUCUGCUUCCACUACAACAGUGAGAAAAAGGGACAUUUAGUGGCAAAACUGAGAGUAGUUCAUGCAUGAAUGUGCAUUGAUUCAUCACAGCAGAACAUCUGAACUGUCACAAUGUAAAAAGGAUUUUGUAUGAGACGAUAUUAAAGCUAUUCCUUCGCUCUAUGAUUGAUACUCUACACAUAGAAGCCAUUGCUUGAUGUUGCCUAAUGGGACAGACUUAAUCACCUAGCAUUGUGUUUCUUUCUAUGGUAGAUGAACAGGUGAGCAUACUCCUUCAGUGCACCAUAUGGUAAUGUAUGAGGCUGUACCUGCGUACACCUAAUUUGCAUCUGGGUUCUUCCAUUUGAGGUGAGAUAACUGCACCCAGGCCUCCACACAUCACCUUAAGUGUGUAGUACAGAGUUAUGCAAUGCUCACUUACUCUUCUACCAACCAGAGAGGAUAGCUGGCCAGAUAAAUGUGUCUGAUGGCAUAUAUGGGUAUCACACAGGUCAAGAGCCCAUUUGGGGGGCCUGUGAUUGGCUACAACUACCUGUUAAAUCGACCACAGCAAACUAUGGCAAGUUCUUAAAGAAAUGUGAGUGCCUGAUCACCUCAUCUGUCUCCUGAGAAAUCUCUAUGUGGGACAAGAAGCCACAGUUAGAACCGGAUAUGGAACAACUGAUUGGUUCAGAAUUGGGAAAGGAGUACGACAAGGCUGUAUAUUGUCUCUCUGCUUAUUUAACUUAUAUGCAGAAUUCAUCAUGCGAAAGGCUGGGCUGCCGGAAUCCCAUGCCGGAAUUAAGAUUGCCGGAAGAAAUAUCAACAACCUCAGAUAUGCAGAUGACACUACCUUGAUGGCAGAAAGUGAGGAGGAAUUAAAGAACCUUUUAUUGAGGGUGAAAGAGGAGAGCGCAAAAUAUGGUCUGAAUCUCAACAUCAAAAAAACGAAGAUCAUGGCCACUGGUCCCAACACCUGGCAAAUAGAAGGGGAAGAGAUGGAGGCAGUGAGAGAUUUUACUUUCUUGGGCUCCAUGAUCACUGCAGAUGGUGACAGCAGCCACAAAGUUAAAAGACGCCUGCUUCUAGGGAGAAAAGCAAUGACAAACCUAGACAUCAUCUUAAAAAGUAGAGACAUCACCUUGCCAACAAAGGUCCGUAGAGUAAAAGCUAUGGUUUUCCCCAAUAGUGAUGUAUGGAAGUGAGAGCUGGCCCAUAAAGAAGGCUGACCGCCGAAGAAUUGAUGCUUUUGAAUUCUGGUGCUGGAGGAGACUCUUGAGAGUCCCAUGGACUGCAAGAAGAUCAAACCUCUCCAUUCUUAAGGAAAUCAGCCCUGAGUGCUCACUGGAAGGACAGAUCGUGAAGCUGAGGCUCCAAUACUUUGGCCACCUCAUGAGAAGAGAAGACUCCCUGGAAAAGACCCUGAUGUUGGGAAAGAUUGAGGGCACAAGGCAAAGGGGACGACAGAGGACGAGAUGGUUGGAUAGUGUUCUCGAAGCUACCAGCAUGAGUUUGACCAAACUGCAGGAGGCAGUGGAAGACAGAAGUGCCUGGCGUGCUCUGGUCCAUGGGGUCAUGAAGAGUCGGACACGACUAAACAACAACAGCCUGUUAAAUGCAUUGUUGGUGGUAAACCUAGGUUUAUCUCUGUAUAUGUGUGUGGCAAUCACACAGGGUUCCUGGACAUUUGACGGUCUAUUGAUCCCUGUGGCACCACUGUGAUUGCUUUCUCGCUGACACCAACCCGUUUCUCUUGGGUAUGCACCGAGUCCAGACAGUUGUUAACAUUAAAACAAAUAAUCAAGUUUAUUUUAUAAGCAUGAACAAGUUUAUGGUUUCAUAUAAUUUUUCUUGUCAGUUUCUUAUCCUUAGUUUCUAUACCGGCCUAUACCUUCCUGAUAACUUCUAACUGAUUAUCCCAACUGUCUGUCUGACUCAUCCUAACAGUUUCACUCACUCUCUCACAUCAAAACUAGACCAAUCCACAGACUUAUCCUCCCUCUUCCUUCUCCAACUCCCAACUGACUUCCCAACAACUCUAACUAUAACUUCUCCCCUUGGGUUCCCACUGGCCAAUCACUUCACACUCAUUUAACCCUUUCCUUAUGACCCACCUAGGAGGGCAAACACCACAAUGUGGAACAUCCCUUAUACUGCCUUCAUUAACCCUCAUUAAACUGCCUUAAUUCAAGCACUAACUUGCUGGUGUUUCUUUCAGCUCCUUAGGAUGACAAUAGCUAAACAAAGACUCGGAGAUGAGGAGGUGGGGGCACGCCACUUCGCACCACAUGAACGUGAAGACCUGGUCCAGCAAUUGGAGAAAGCACGAGAACAAGUACUUACCAAUGAGCGUGGCUUAUAAUUGUACAUCUGUUCCUGGUACCUCCAGAAUAUACUUUUGGAUCUUGAGUUGUUUGUAGGUCAGAAGUAAAAACAUAUACAGUGGUACCUCGGGUUAGCUACUUAAUUCGUUCCGGAGGUCCGUUCUUAACCUGAAACUGUUCUUAACCUGAAGCACCACUUUAGCUAAUGGGGCCUCCCGCUGCUGCCGUGCCGCCGGAGCACGAUUUCUGUUCUUAUCCUGAAGCAAAGUUCGUUCUUAACCUGAAGCACUAUUUCUGGGUUAGCAGAGUCUGUAACCUGAAACGUAUGUAACCCGAGGUACCACUGUAAAGAGACAUUCUGUAUCAGGCCAGACAUCAUAUCUUCUGACAUCCAGUUACCUUACAGCAUUUAGUUGGAUGCUACCCAGAAGCCCACAAGCAAAGCAUGAAAUCCAAAAUCCUCUCCAAAUUCCUAACAGAAUUUGUCUAGUUCCUUUCUAAUGGCCAUCGCUACACCUGGGCUUUGAAUUUCAUAAAUAAAUGUGUUGUGUGAAGAAGUAUUUUCUUUUGGGACAUAAUCCAGUUUUAAUAGUUCCCCUCCUGCCUAUCGCUUCUGCUCAGCCUCCUCCCUUGCCUCAGCCAGGCUCCCUACCAUAAGGAGAGGUGUAAUUUGGGUAUUAGGGACGCGGGUGGCGCUGUGGGUUAAACCGCAGAGCCUAGGGCUUGCCGAUCAGAAGGUCGGCGGUUUGAAUCCCUGCGACGGGGUGAGCUCCCAUUGUUUAGUCCCUGCUCCUGCCAACCUAGCAGUUCGAAAGCACGAAGUGCAAGUAGAUAAAAGGUAAACGGUACCUUUAAUUUGGUGAUUAACUUCUCUUUUUCAAAGCUUUGCUUGCAGAAACAGGUUAUUUUGUACAUAGGUUAAUAUAAUAUUCAACAGAAUACAGUAAUGCAUUUGAGUUCUGGUUUUUUGUCAGAUUGAGACUCUGCAACAUGAUCUUCAAGCAGCAUUGGAUGAACUACAGGAUGUAAAAGAGGAGCGCUCUUCUUACCAAGAUAAGUCUGACAGAUUAAACCAGGAGCUUAACCAUGUUCUUGGAGGACAUGUAAACCGCAUUAUCGAUAUUGAUGCUCUUUGUAUGGAGAACAGGUGAGUUUGUUUAGAAAUUGUUAUAACUUAUCGGGACAAUGGGCCACAUAGCAUUCACAAGGGUCACCUCGAAACCUAAGUCGUUGCUAGUACAGUGGUACCUCGGGUUAAGUACUUAAUUCGUUCCGGAGGUCUGUUCUUAACCUGAAGCACCACUUUAGCUAAUGUGGCCUCCUGCUGCUGCCGCGCUGCCGGAGCAUGAUUUCUGUUCUUAUCCUGAAGCAAAGUUCUUAACCUGAAGCACUAUUUCUGGGUUAGCAGAGUCUGUAACCUGAAUCGUUUGUAACCUGAAGCGUAUGUGACCCGAGGUACCACUGUAUUUUGCAGUUCUAAAUUUUAGUUUAAAAGCAAUAAGAUACUCCAGAAGACUUUGGAGCCAAAUUUGCACUACAAAGAAUUUUUUCCUAAAAAAAUAAAGCCAGUAACAUACCAUCAAGUGUAAGAAGCUAUCACUGUUUCUUAAAAAGCCCCACCCAGCUGUUUAAUUAUGUGGGAAAGGUAUUUGAGAGAAUAGUGUGGCAAUACUUUCAGGUUCUACAAAAUAUGGGGUUAGGCGCAAAGUUUAUCUUAAGGAUUAAAUUAAUUGUCACUAAUCUGACUCCUUCAAUUUGGGUCAAUAAAACAAGGCUCGAGAAAUACAGACUCCAGUGAGGUACCCGACAGAGUUGUCCACUGUCACCAAUUUUAUUCAACAUUAAAUUUUAAGGGGGGGUCUAGCUGGUAGCAAGACCACCAUGAACUGAGCCAGGACCCUGGUGGGCUUGUUUUAUAAUGGGCUUAGCAAGGGAUGGGUGAAUCCUUCAGUUCACCAUUGUAGCUUGAGUCCCCUCAGUUUUCGAGCUGCUAAUUUAUUCCAAGUUCAAGAUGUUGCUUUUAGCGCAUAAAACUUUUUAAAGCUUGCAGCCAGUUUACUUGAAGGAUGACCUUUCCCCAUGUAUAUCCAUUUGACCGCUUCACUCUGCAGAACUGGCAGAUUUACAAGUGCCACACAAUGUUCACUCUGCACUUAGAAGGAAUUGAUCCUACACUCUGGAAUUCCCUCCCCAUUGAUGCUGUGCCCUGUAUUGUUUCCUGUGUCUGCUAAAAAACAUUUUUAGGCAAGCCUGCUAUAAUGGUAUGGGGUUGCUCGUGCAUAAGUUGCCGCCUCUCCUGGCUAUGUUGCCUUGUUAAACCUUUCUGUCUGGACAGCCCUUCAGUUCGUGGCUGCCUCAGUCGCUGGCAGAAUCCGUCAGUGGGCGUUUCUUAAACCUUUUCCAACAUAAAAGUUGUUUGACACCCAGUCUCCUCCUACUUUCUCUGCGCGGAAGUCUUCUGCGCAGGGAGGGCGUGGGUAGCGGAGGACCAGUGCUCUCCCCGCUGGUGUCCGGUGAAGAGUCUGGGAGCCCUCUCGCCGAUUCCCCCAUCUGCCCCUCCUUAUUCCUGGUGUUGCACUGAAUUGCUUCCCCAUCUGCUGAGCUGCCUCUCUCCCUGCUGGGCCCUUCUCCAGCAUCAUUAGAGAGCCUUCCCUCCACCUCUAGCUCCGAUGUCAGUUCCCUGACACCUACCCAUCCAUGUAAACUUGACAUAUACUUGAUCAUGAGAUUUUAUUUUAUUAUGGUAUUUUUUUUAAGCUGCUGAUUUUACUUACGCUUUGAAAAUGUUUAGGUCAGCUUGUUUUUAAAUUUUGGUUUUAUUGAUACUUUUAAUGUAUAUUUUUUGUAAACCACAUAGAGAUUGUUGAUGCUUAACCAGUACAUUAAUCCUGCUAAUUAAUUAAAUAAGCAAAUUACAAACUCCAGCUCUUUCACUAUCUCUGCAUUACUUUCUGUUACCUUUUAAAAUGGCUCAAUGGAUAAACAGCUUCAUGAAAGUAAUAUAGUCUGUUUUCUGACUUUCCAGAUAUCUUCAUGAGAGAUUAAAGCAAAUUCAAGAAGAGGUCAACAUUCUCAAAUCAAAUAUUGUAAAGUAUAAGGUAGAUUUUGUUUUUGUGAUAUAAUAUGCAAUCAGUUUCAUUCAUGUGUUUGUGGUGUGCACCUGUAUUUAUUUUCCAUCUUGUUACACAUUCAGAGAGUUGAUUAGAAAGUAGAUUCAUUCACAAAAAUACAGAGUGCCACACCUUUUCUGUGUUCAUAGAGACCUUUAGGGUGAUUUUAGUAACGGGAAUUGACCUAUUUUCUUUUACAUAAAGGUUUUCAACAUUAUAUGUUCUGCUAGUAUUGGAAGGCUUAAUCACAAACCCAUAGUGAUUAAAACAUGUUUUAUUUGCUUGUUAGAAAAGAUCUCAAUUAGCUUUAUCCCCCAUGAGAAUGCAAUUGCUACAGAUGAAAUUGCUGUAAAAGAAUUCUGUACAAUUAUUCAGCUGCCCAAAUCUGUUUAGAUUUUUUUCAACAAUAAAAUGAUUUAUCCAUCAUGUUCAGUUGAAAGCGACCAUUAAUAUUGCUUAUGUAUUCUGAAAAUUACUCUUUUACUUAUUGUUAUUAUUUAAUUUAUAUGCCACUCUUCCUCCAAGGAUCACAGGGUAGUUUACAAUAUAAAAACACCAAAAAUACUUUUUAUUGUGAUAUAGUGGGAUAUUUAUUUUAGACUAAUAUCCAGGAUGUCUGAAAUCCUUUCCUAUGUACCUCUGUUUUCUACUUAAGUUGGGUGUGAAUAUGUAGUAAAAUAAUCUUCCAUUUGCCAUAACCUUACAGACAACAUGGAUGCUGUGUUAAGUUACUCUUUGCUGGUGGUUACAUAUUCACACACAGUUUUUUAAUAAAUAAAUAAAUUUGGACAGUUUGAGGGACCAAAGUUUGAUUUCUUAACCUCUCAGUCUAAUCAAAAGUUUCGUCGACAUUUUCUACUAAAAAAAACCACAUUUUUUAUAUACUAAAACAAAUUACCAUUCUUUGAUUGCUGUUUGUUUUAGAAUGCACUAGAGAGGAGGAAAAAUUCCAAGUCUCACAGCAAGUCAAAUAGCAGUGCACUAACUGGAGUCCUUUCUGCUAAGCAAGGUACUGCAUUGGUUUUUGUCUUGCCUUUUCUCUCCGAAAACUAAGAACUGCUAUUCUGAGACUUCAGCAAAACAGCGAAGAUUGUGUUCAUGUGUUCAUGUUCUCGCUUUGAGAUACUGCAAUAACUUUGAGCGAUACAAUGAACACCCUCAAAAGUCACCAUUUCUGUGAGGGAAGCUAAGAACUGCUGUUCUGGGGCUUCAAUGAAAACAGAUCAAGGGGUUGCAGUAAUAAUGAAUAGAAUUUGAUUCUUUCGCCACCCCCGAUGUCUAUUGAUGUGUCAUUUCCAGGCUUCUAUCUCCAUAAAACUAAGUCAGUAUUUCUUUUGUUUUUAUUUUUCCAGUCCAAGAGUUGUUAUCAGAGGAUCAUGGAUGCAGUCUGCCAGCCACACCACAGUCCAUUUAUGACCUUAAAUCUUUGGCUACUGCUUUACUGGAGACAAUCCAUGAGAAAAACAUGGUCAUUCAGCAUCAGAGGCAAACCAACAAGUAGGCACUUUCACAGAAACAAAGAAUUGCAGAGUUGUAAGGGAUCCUGAGGUUCAUCUAUUCCAGUCCCCUCUGCAAUGCAAGAAUAUGCGGUUGUCCCAUACGGGGUUCGAACUUUCAGUUGACUUAGUUUAAAAUCUGCUUUGCAUUUCGUUUUAAAGGCUUUUAUCUUGGGGUAUAGAGAAAACGCCAAACAGUGUGAAUGUGUGUGUGCAUCUUUAUGUAAUUGUGAAAUUGUAGUCAUUUUGCCGUUAACCCAGUGCAUCAGUUUUGAGAGAUACAUAUUGCUGACAUCACCAGCAUUAUUAGCACCAUCCACGUGCGUGGUGCUUUGCAAAGCAUAAGAAGACAGGUCUGCGCCCUAAGAAGCUUAUGGUCUAAAAUCCAACAUAGAGAAGCAGGAAGGACUCGGUGGCAGGGUUAAUAAAGGAAAGAAUAUGCUGUUACAUUCGUACCUUGUUUUGCGACUGGGAUGCGUUCCAGAGCCCCGGGUGCUAGACGAAAAGGACGCACGACAAAGCGCCGCUCUGCACAUGCACGCAGAGUGGUUUGCACUUCUGCGCAUGCGCGAGAGGCAAACCCGGAAGUAAUCCCUUCCGGUACUUCCGGUUUGCUGCGGACGUUCGACGAAAUGGCCGCUUGACUCAAAACGAGGUACCACUGUAUUUCAGUGGAAGUGCUUAGGUUUCGCUACUGGCUAAGAUAAGGUUGGGCUUAGCAUCUAAACCUGGGCAUGUGGCUAAAUUUGCUUUUCACUGACCACUAACCUCUCCAUGUGGUCUGUAAUUGUGUGAGCGAAUGACCAGGUGGAUAGAGCUACAAUCUCAAGUAGGACUGUACUAGUGACAGUUCUGAACUCUGGAAUUGCCCUGGGUGAAUUCUGGGCAAUAUGUUACCAAAACCCUUGAUGUUACAUUUUUAACAUUACUCACAAUUGUGGCUUGAUAAACACGAACGUGCAUUCCUUCUUUAAGGUGUACUGUACAGUUCCGUUAGCAUUACAGAGAUAAUUUCUUUCAAAAUAUUGAUUUUUAAAAACUCUUUUCUUUCAAAAUACACAAUUUUUAAACUAUAGGGGUAUGGUUUUUUACUCACGAGCUGCAUUGGAACAAUUUAGGAAGUGUAAAAUCAAGUUGCAGUGAGAAGUACACAUUAGCACAAGAUGUAUAGAUUAGGUCAGGGCACACUGGAAUUCACAAAAAUGGAGUUCCUCAAAACAUCCUUAAUUGCAGUCACUAGUAAAUACAUAUUGCAAUAAUACAACAUAUUCCUUGUUACAGUAGUUGUCAAGUAAACUGCAGAUUCCAUAGGAUUUGUUCAUAUGUAGACUGGAUGUAUGGUAACAAGAGAUCAGUGGAUUUGAGGCAAAUAUGCAGGAAGGCGUUCUGAUUACCGUAUUUUUCGCUAUAUAAGACGCACCAGACCACAAGACGCACCUAGUUUUUUGAGGAGGAAAACAAGAAAAAAUAUAUUCUGAAUCUCAGAAGCCAGAACAGCAAGAGGGAUUGCUGCGCAGUGAAAGCAGCGAUCCCUCUUGCUGUUCUGGCUUCUGGGAUAGCUGCGCAGCCUGCAUUCGCUCCAUAAGACGCACACACACAUUUUCCCUUAUUUUUAAGGAGGAAAAAAGUGAGUCUUACAGAGCAAAAAAUAGGGUAAUUAUGAAGGAGAAGUGAACCCGUUAAUGUAGUCUGCAAAUGUGGUGCAGAAUACAAGCAAGUCCUGAGAUUGUACACCCAUUUCAGGAGUGGGUGGAUUGCAUGGGCAUAUCUCAUAUAUAUAUAUAUUAUUUCAGAAUAAUUUAUGAUAUAUUGGAGACGUUUUUAACCUGAUGUGGAAAAAAUAUAUGCAUUUCACGUGAAUUAAUCUAUAUCAUACGUUUAAAUGUAAAUUUGUGUAUCACAAGCGAGUGUCUUCUGUCACGACACUGAAUAUCACCUAUCAUUGGAUAUUACCCAUCAAACAGGGCACAUGCCCAUCCGUGGUGUGUUCCCUGCUUACUAUACUUAUAAUUACAUUUCAUGGAACAUUUUAUCUUCAUUUCAGAAUCUUAGGCAAUCGUGUAGCAGAACUGGAGAAAAAGUUGAGGACUUUAGAAGUCUCUGGUUUGUGGAGUCUUCCAGGUAAGUCAGAAUUCAUAGUCGUACUUAAUUUGGGGGUAUCUGAACAUAAGGACAUUUAAAAAUGUGUAUUUCAUAAGAAACCUGCUGUUUACAUUAGAAAAUGCAUUGUUUUCCUCAUUUACUGCAGGGUUUGUUUUUUUAGUCUCUAUAAGAAAAGUAAUAUGGAAAUAUUUUUACUGAACAAGAAACCUUUGUUUUCUUUCACACAUAACAGUUAGAUUUUUCUGAAAUGAAAGCCUUUUAAAGGUUCUUUGACAACAUAAUUAAUGAUGUGUUACAUUUAUCAAUCACAUCUUGCCACAUAAUUUUUCUGAACAUGUAGGCUUCUCAGACUUAAGGAGAAAAACUACCUGGGGAUGCCACCAGGAGAUUGCCCGUGAUCUCUCUCUCUAUGUGAAAACUUUGUCCUUCCAAUAAAAGCUUUCCAGGGAUAAGGGCCUUUUUGACACAGAAGACUUCAAACAUACAAUUCUGUAGUAGUUUAGUUUCAGGAGAGCUGUGAGUUAGGAUUUAUUUUAAAUUCUUCACCAUGCAGAUGUCCCUAAAGCAUAGUAAGAACAUGGGAAAUGAAAGCUAAAACGAUUCUAACAAUGAAGUCCCUAUGCAUGUGCAUUUAGAACUGAAUCUCACCGGGUUGUGAUGCUCAAAGUAGAGCCGUUGUAAUCAGUAGGCUUUUCUCACUGAAGUCCAUUGAUUUCAGUGGCUCUGAGGGCGAAUUGGUUGGACAAAGUCCAUUGAGUUCAGUGAGACUUAACUUCCCAGCAAGUAUUUACAGACAGCAACCAUUUGCGUGUCUGCCGACACACAGGUCCUUUUGGACCCGGGAGAGAGCAGAACAGGCCUGUGCAACGUAUUGAUACAACACCCGGGACCUGUAUGAGGGGCAGACCACGAUGGCAGCUUUAAAAAAGGUAAAGGGACCCCUGACCAUUAGGUCCAGUUGUGACUGACUCUGGGGUUGUGGCACUCAUCUCGCUUUAUUGGCCGAGGGAGCCAGCGUACAGCUUCCGGGUCAUGUGGCCAGCAUGACUAAGCCACUUCUGGCGAACCAGAACAGCGCAUGGAAACGCCGUUUACCUUCCCGCCGGAGCGGUACCUAUUUAUCUAAUUGCACUUUGGUGUGCUUUUGAACUGCUAGGUUGGCAAGACCAAGGACCGAGCAACGGGAGCUCAUUCCGUCGUGGGGAUUCGAACCGCUGACCUUCUGAUCGGCAAGUCCUAGGCUCUGUGGUUUAACCCACAGCGCCACCCGCGUCCCAGCAGUAUAUUGCGGAUGAAACCAACACCGCUUCUGCCUCCCUCUGUGAUCAGCACCACUUUCAACAUCAAGCCUCUAGCAGCAGAGGGACAGGAGCAGCAGUGGUUUCACCCACAAUAUACUGCCAGGUGAAGCCGCCAUCGCAAUCUGCCCCUCAUACCGCAGAGGGAGGAGAAAGCUGUAUCGCGCACCCCUCAAGUGAGCAAGCCUUGAUGCCUUGUGUGCAAGCUCGAGAGGCCUGCAGCUCGCUCAGCUGGGGUUCAGGAAUUAUUAUUAUUAUUAUUAUUAUUAUUAUUAUUAUUUAUACCCUGCCCUCCCUAGCCAAGACCGGGCUCAGGGCGGCUAACACCAGGUAUAAAAACAAUUGAUUAAAAUACAACUUAAAAACAAGAUUAAAAUAGAACAUUAAAAUGCAGCCUCAUUUCAGUAGAAACUGAAAUCAAGAACAGUGGAAAGCUCAGCUGGGGGGGGGGGGACCCUUUUUGCUCCCCACCUGAGCCACACAAAAAAGCUGCACCAUUCCCAGCCCACGAGUCAUUGGGGUGAAAGCACCUCAGCCCCCGCCCCCCCAGUGAGAGCUGAGGCAGUUUUCACCCCGCACCUUGCGUGCUGUGGCCGAUGCAACUUGUUCUUUUAACAUUGCGGUGUAUCCGCAGAUCCCGAUGGCUGGCGAUAAAUCGCGAUGUUGAAAACCUGGCAUUGCUCGGCCCUCCCACUGACAUGCACAGGGGUCAGGAACGGAAUCCCCAUGCAAAAUGGUCACCGCCUGUAUAGGAUUGCAGUGUCCCCCCUAAUUUUAUUCUACUUCAAACAUAUUCCUGAAAUUCGCUUUACAAAUUGUGCCUUCUUGUUAGGACAAUGUAUUUGCUAUGCAGAUCAACAUUUUUAUUUUUAUUCUGUUGCAAUCUGGAGAGUGCUACAUUGGCUGCCUCUAGCAUAGUCGGUAUAGGCUGCAGAAUGUAUAUUGUUCAUGGCACAGACUUAUUGAUAAACUUUGCUGCAUAGUAUGCACAUCCUUGAGAAUUGUCGUGUCUAUGGAGGACAUCAGCAUUUUGAGGAGUGUUUAGUUCACAUGACGGAACAGUUAACAGUUAAUGGCUAUGCUGAAUGUUUGACUCUUGAUUUUCAGUACAAAAGCAAUGUUGGCUAUGUGUGUGUAAAUUUCUUCUUGGAAAGAUCACACAUAAUCAUUCACCUUUUGUGUUUGUAGCCAUUUUCUCUGGUCAGCUACAGGUUCAGUCCAUUUCUUUUUAAAAAAGAAAAACUUCUUUCUUUUUUUUAGCAUGACCCCAACCAACAGGGAACAUAUAGAAGGUGUGAUAACAUAACUCUGUGCUUAUCUCAGUGACAAAAGAAGGGUGAGGUCAUUUAGAGUGAGGUCAAGUCCUUCCUGGCCUGGUCAGAUAGCGAUCUCAAACUGGCUGAUCACAACUUCCCUCUAUCGAGUUCAUCACCAUGAUGGUUGUCAAGCAUAAAUAAUGAAUGGUCUAGAAAUUUGCUUAUGCACUAUCUCAGUGGACCUCAGAAUCAAGAGCCUUGCUGUAAUUGCCUAUUGGUUGACUAUGUAAGAACACUCAAAUUGAUGGAAUAGGGCAUAUAAUGUAGCUAUAAUAAGGUAUAUAAAAUAUUAUCAGUGUGGAACUGCUGAACUUUUCAGCCUGGAAACUAUUGAAACUGACAUUUUUCUCCAAGAAAAUGCUUUCACUAAACUGUAGACUCUUUUCAUAACUCCUAUAUAGUUUUCUCUGCCUUUAUGGCCUUUAAUAUCAAAAGUUAGCAUAUGACUAAGAAUAUCUUACCUAGCGUAUUUUAUUGCAUGCCUGAAUGCAUUUUGUUUUGUCCCUGAUCUAUUCAGAAGCUCUGACAUCCAUAAAUCGCUUUUGCCGCUUGCUUUCAUAAAUCCAAAAAAAAUGAAUAUUUAGAUGAGGUUGAGAAGUGCAGAUCCAGUAAACGAAUUUUGUUUUACUGGACUGACUGGUUGUUAUCACUUCUGAACUAUGUUCUCUCUUCUGCAAGCAUAGAUGCUCAGAGCAGGAGUAAGAUUAAAAUUAGGUGUUAGCCUCCCCAUCGUUAAUUUGAUGUGUGUUCAGUCGCUUAGAGGAAAGAAAGCAGGAAGCCAUAGCAAUCCUAAGAAACCUUACCCUGGAACUCAAUGAUAGGGCUAGCAGUGGCACACAGCAUGCAGUAGCUUGUCAGGCCACAUGUACCUUAGCAGGACUCAGCAGUGCUGCUUUCAACCCUACCAGCCCAUUCAGUCUCCUGGCUAUGAGUUUACCUGGUAGCCGUGGUAAUGCUCUAGUUCAGGGGUUGGCAAGGUUUACCUCGCCUGGGCCAAUUCACUCCAGCGGAGAUCCCUCUGUGGCUGGAUCGCGCGCGCGCCUGCCUAAGUGCGCGUGCACGCAAUUUCUGGUGUCUGCACAGAUGCAAUUUUCUGCAUCUGCGCUGACGCGAUUUCCUGCGCCACGGAAGUGAGGCACCACGGUGCGCCAGUUUAGUGCAGUGUGCAGGGACUUGCUGAGCGGGCUGUUUGGUUCAGGGGCAACUCGUGGGCCGGUUAAAUGACCCCCUUGGGCCGCUUGUGGCCCAUGGGCCUUAGGUUGCCUACCCCUGCUCUAGUUUCCACCUGCCAUUUUGAAUUUCCCACAGUGCCCUGGUGGGGAAUAUUUUUGGCCUGGUGGACUAGAUCUCUUAUCUUCCCCGCCUCACCAACAAGUGGGUGGGACCAGUCACCUGUCAAGCAUCUGUUGUCAUAUUGACAUUGGGCGAUUGAUCGGUGGGGGGCCCCAUCCACCUGACAAAGCUGGACUGCUGGAGUAGAGAGGUGAUAACUACAUAAAGCAGCGUUGAACUUCCCACACACCAGCUGAUGCACAGUGAGUUCAAGUCUCGAUUUAUGCAGGAUUCAGGCAGCUAAUUUCAGCUACUGGAUAUGUACCCAUAGCAAGCAGGAUUGAAUUGUGGUCUUCUAUAUGCAUCUAGGAUACUGUUGUUGUUGUUGCUUUUUUAAAAAAGGGAAAGAAACAACAACCAGCAACUCCAAAACAUAAAUUCAGACCACACUCACACCUAUGAUCUUCCCCUGAAGACUGGAAUAUACAGACCAGGAAAUUUAUAUAGCCCACGUGAUCAUUUUAAGUAUAUAUUUCUGCUCUUAAUUCUACUCCACUUGCUUUAGUUAUUUCUUUUCUACUGCUAUAUUUCAUUUUAUAAUUGAUUACAGGGGACAUAAUCUCCCUUCAGUAAACCAGAGUGCCACUCCUCCAGAUAGCUUCAUCUUUGUUAAUAAACUCCAUGUUUCCUUUUCUGUAGAUUAUAGCCCAGGUCUUCUUGGUGCAAGCUCCUACAGGCCUUGUGAAAUUGCAUUUCCUUGCAGCCAGGGUGUGAUGCCUUGCCUCCUACACUAUCCAUACUCUUGUUUCCGUUGCAAGAUUGCAGGACUAAACUUUGUGCAUUGAUUGAGGCUUCCAACUAGGCUAAUGAGUGUGAAGUUGUGCUCACAUUAGUGAGAGCCCCUUCUUGGAUGCUUGAGAUUGGGAUCAGGGCAAUGACAGCCUUGCAAUUAGGGCUGUGCUUUGACUCAGUUCUAAGGGCCACUCCUGCUUCCCUCUUUCUCUGCCCCAAGGCUAACGAAGUUAACCUGGGCUCCUCUGGGGGAAAGGCAGGGUGCAAAUUUAGACAUAACAACAACAGAUCAGGACAGGGGGACACAGAACUGCUAGGUGACCCCAGCAGAUCAUCCCUUCUUGUUGUGGACCAAGACUACAUCCCAGAAUCUUCAGCUGAAAACUGACACUGUGUUUUCAUUUCCUUUGGAGUCUUAACCUUGUUGAGAAUGGCACACAUGGCAUCAGUUGCCUUUGGAGUCUUAACCUUGUUGAGAAUGGCACACAUGGCAUCAGUUUCCUCCUGAGGAUUCUGGGAUUUGUAGUUGAAAUCUCUGGCCAGGAAAAAAAUGUCCUGUACGGACUUUGUGAAAGCACACCACCACUUUUGCCACCCCUCCCACACGGUAACUUACUUGGUUGGUUUUGAUUAUAUACCUUCCUCUGACCCUUCUGAUUCUGCUCAGACCGAUGCCUGUUUUGAUACAUGUUUGAACCCCUGUGUAUUUUGAUCUGCACAGCCGCUUCUGGCCUACUUGGUCUGCCAGCUAGCUCACCCCAGAACCUGUCUUCCUGAAGCUUGACCUUUUCCAUGGCCUGACAACCAUUGUUCCUUGAAUCUUGAUUAAGAUCCCAAACCUGGAUUGAAACCAAAGUUGAGCUUGCUCACCUGCCCUGUUCUCAGUGUAUGUGUAUCUUGCAAGCGAAAAUGACUUAACCAUGGUUUGCUUGGUAGAGAUACAAGACUUAAACAUGGUGACUGCAGAGCAUGAUAAACAGACCCACCUCAAACCAUGGUUUUGCAUCUUGGCUUGUAUUCAAUUGCUGCUCACACUCUAGGGUUUGGUCUUCUGUUUCAAGUAGCCCACAAUCCACUAAAUAAAGUGUUUUGGCCUUUAAAACAGAACACUGGCAAAAGACAGACGAUGGUUUUAGAAUACCUUUGUUCUAUUAUUUCUGUUUAGGCAUCAAAUUAAUAUUUAUAUAAUAAUUUUUCUUUCCUUCCUUUUUUUCUUGCUGCCUGAAGGCCUGAGCUACAAUGUCUCAGUGGGAUUUGGGAGUAGGUUCUGUUUGACAUAUGUAUUUUUAGUAACUAAUCUUAGCGGUGCAUUAAAUAUUGUCACUGCAUGUAAAUAAAUGGAAAUGUUAUCUGAAUGUUUUUCUAUAUCUGUCAGAUUAAGAUGUUCAACCGAGUAAGUUAGAUGGCCACAAGAGAAAUACAGAACACUGUAAAAUUAUUUUUAAUUGGGAGAAAUGGUAAUAAGGAAGGAUACGAGCUAGUGCUGAAUAUAAUCACGGGUUGUGCAGAACGAUGUGAUUUUGUAGCUUUUUUAUAUAAAAAAAAAUGACAAGCAGUAAGUCGAGACAAUUUCCCCCCUUUAACUCAGCAAUUAUGAGUAUGGAUAUCACCCAGUGUCGCUACUUACAUUUUAAUUCCGUGAGUGUUGCUAUCUGGUUUAUGCAUUUCAGAUCCAAACAUCAUGGAACCCAAAGACACUGAUGGUAAAUGGAGAAGGCGGACAUGCCGAACCCAUUCAGGGUUUCUACAUCCCUCACAUAUUGAAGGACAGCAGGGAUGCUAGAGAACAAGCUUUGCAUGUAGAAAGUUCCAAGAUUUAUCCCUCGCACCCCCAAUUAAAUAACCAGAAUAGAUAGACCAAGGGGUGGCUCAAUAUAGUACACAUUUUUAAUGUACACAUUUUUUUAGUAGGAUAGGGAAGGUGGCAAAGUCGCCCUUUUGGGGAGGCCGUUUUUGACAGUAUCCCUGUGACAAGAACUUAAGAUGAGAUAAGAGGAACCUAAUUUAAUUAAUACUUGAGUUAAAAUGUUUCUUACUUUAGCCAUUCAAAAUACUGAUUCAGAUAUUUGGAGUGUGACACAUGCUAAGCCAGUACAGUGGUGCCUCGCAAGACGAAAUUAAUUCGUUCUGCGAGUUUUUUCGUCUUGCGAGUUUCUUCGUCUUGCGAAGCACAGUUUAAUUUUUUUCAAAAAAAUCUUCAAAAACCUCAAAAAAGGCUACCACACUAUGAGUUGCUAUGAGUUGCUCCCCGAAGUCAAGUCGCAACUACACCUCUUCAAGCAAUGCACCCUGUAUUACUGUAACGGUUUUAAGAAAAAGGAAACAAACUUGCAAGACGUUUCCGUCUUGCGAAGCAAGCCCAUAGGGAAAUUCGUCUCGUGAAGCAACUAAAAAAACCAAAAACUCUUUCGUCUUGCGAGUUUUUCGUCUUGCGAGGCAUUCGUCUUGCGAGGUACCACUGUACGUAGAUAAAAACAAACAAAAAGUCUCCUUUUAUCCAAGCAUUUGAAUCAAGCCAAUUUAACUUUUCUUUUCUUUUUGAAGAUUAAUGAGUUGGUUCCUGCUUUCCUCUUUCAUUUGUUAGAUCUUUAAUUUUAAUUAGGACCAGAUUCUUGUAUGUUCCUCCAUCCAGUCUUGUAAAGGAAAUGUGUUGUGUAAGGUAAAGGUACCCCUGACCGUUAGGUCCAGUCAUGGAUGACUCUGGGGUUCCAUGCUCAUCUUGCUUUACUGGCCAAGGGAGCCAGUGUACAGUUUCCAGGUCAUGUGGCCAGCAUGACUAAGCCGCUUCUGGCGAACCAGAGCAGCACACGGAAACGCCGUUUACCUUCCCGCCGGAGCGGUACCUAUUUAUCUACUUGCACUUUGACGUGCUUUUGAACUGCUAGGUUGGCAGGAGCAGGGACCAAGCAACAGAAGCUCACCCCGUCACGGGGAUUUGAACCACCGACCUUCCAAUCAGCAAGCCCUAGGCUCAGUGGUUUAGACCACAGCGCCACCCGCGUCCCGUAUAAUGUGUUACAUAGUAAAACUGAAAAACCUCAUCAUUAGUCUUUGGAGACCAGGAUUAAUACCUUCCCUUCAGCAUCCAUCCCCCCCCCCCCACACAAGCAGAGGGAAUUUCCCUCUAGUUUUCUAAUGAAGUUACCAAACUAUGUUUACAUGUGCUAAACCAUACAGAAUAGACACACAUAAUGAACGAGGCAACAGAAAAGUAAAGCUGCUCAGCCUUCUGCUCUCAUUUAGAAGUGAUAAAUGAGAAGCCUGUAGGACUCUACACCAUGCCAACAUUGCCCCACUUUCAGGAAGGGGUGACACUUGCGCAGGGAAGAACCCUGGUAUAGCAGCCUCUACUGGAGUCGGUAAACAUUGAUGGAGAGAGGGCAUAAUGCAUUGUCAGGCAAUAGAUCUCCCUAGAAUACUUUCGGGGUCGCUGUUUUAAUACAGAAACAGUAGUAUAGCUAUUCUGAGGGACUAGCUAUGUGUUGCAUGCAAACACAUGAAACAGAGGUGGUGCACUUUGUUCCUAAAAAAAGAAGGAAGUAGCAGGGGAAUAAAUAAAAAAAACACUUUUGGCUUCCUAGUACAUUAUCAUGGUUAGAGGCAUAUGAAAGCAGGCGUUUUUUAAUGGUUUAAAUCAGGGGUCAGCAAACUUUUUCAGCAGGGGUCCGCUCCACUGUCCCUCAGACCUUGUGGGGGGCUGGACUAUAUUUUGAAGGGGGGGGGAUGAACAAAUUCCUAUGCCUCACAAAUAACCCAAAGAUGCAUUUCAAAUAAUAGGACACACGCUGAUUCCCGGACCGUCCGUGGGCCGGAUUUAGAAGGCGAUUGGGCUGGAUCCAGCCCCCGGGCCUUAGAUUGCCUACCCAUGGUUUAAAUGGUGCAUGCUUUAAGGGACCACAAAAUUUGCAACACAUUGGGAGACACAUAGGAACAGUAACAUUUUAAAAGGUAAAACUGAAUGUCAAUUUUGGAGGGUCUUGGCACGCUACAAAAAGACUCUUGACCCAUCCGUCCCAGCUGUGUAGGCAUUUGCUUGUUUCUCUAUCAGAAGGUUUGGGAAUGAAGGCUUUGGAAUGAAACAAGCUUGAUUUUUAAGAGGGCAAAGUCCAAUACAGACUUAAUGAAGGACUCAUUCAGAAUGCUCCAAGAUAAAAGCAGAAGAAAACAAAUUUUGGUUUUAGAAAUCAUGGCCUGCAAAAGCAAAAGUCAAACAUCCUACAAAAAUAAGGAGUUAAAAAGGUCCAAGUACUGCUGUAAUAAGAAUUUCUCAUUAAUUGGACAGUGGGUCUAAAUAAAUAGGUGGUAGCAGUAAAAUAACAAUACUGUAGUCUCACGGCACCAUUAUCUCAGUAAUCUCUUCAACAGCCCAGAAAAUCCAUUUUUACCUAAGCCCACCCAGCAAGUUCAAAGGUGAUAUGAUAUUUGUACUUGAAAUCCAUAGCAUAUGCUGUUCCCCAUCCACACUCCACCCCUAGCUUGAAUUUGCUAAUCUAUAUUGCAGUUGUCAGAUAUCCAUCGUCCAUUAAAAUGAUUUUUAUAAAUCCUGAUAGUAUCUAGUAUAUUUCACCUAAGAUGCUUGUAUUAGUAGGUGCUGUGGUAGAAAUUUCCCAAAACGCUCUUGCAAUAUAUUCUUACACAGAUUGGUAUCUUAUUCUAAUCUUCUGUAAAUGCAAGUCUGGUUUUUCAGGCCUCUUCUGAUAAACCAGCUUGUGCUCAUUGGUUUGGUUUUUCAAAGUAGCCCCCUGGCUGACUACCCAUUGAAAUAUACCCAGUGGAGGUAUACCCAGAUUACUCCUCCCGUCUAAAUGUUGCCUAUUACCGCUUUUUCCUUUCCGUAAGGCUACAUUUUUGUCCACUUCCCUCCCCCCACCCCAUAUGAACUAUACACAAGCGCCUCAAGAUGUGUAAAUCAUAGGUAGGUCAAAAUAGGAGCAACCUCAAAGCAGUAUCUUUAAUUGUCACAGGAAUAAUGCUUUUGCACCAGCUUCCUGUUUAAAAUAGGCCCUGUAUAUUGGAAAUUCAGCAUUUCCAGGAUGGUUGUAAGAAAAGGAUCCUAGAUAUAUGUUUGUGUGCAUUUGUACAUAUGUGCAUGAAUUCCUGUCCAUGGAUCUGACUUCAAAAAACAUUCGUUUUUCAGGAAAGCCAUUUCUCUGUUCCUCUUCUGGCAUGCUAAGUAAACAUGUGGGAGGGAGGCAUUGAAUGAGCAUGUUAACACCAUUCUGAUCAACCUCCAACUCGAGGAACUCAGUGGGAGGAACUUCCUGUUUCUAAUGGAGGUUCCCUGCGUGCUUUAGAAACCUGGAGAAUCAGAGCAGCAACUGAGAAGCAGACCUUGAGUGUUUGUUCCCAUUCCCCACCCCCAUGUUUGCUUAUCAUGUAGGUUGAAUGCCUGAAGAGGAAUUCUGUGAACCUAAGAUCUAAACAGAUAUAUUAUCUGUAUCAGUAUUACUCUUUACACAGAAGAUAAUUCCAUAAUUUCUGAUAGGGUUGGGUUGCAGUUGAACGCAUCUAGCUUGUGAUUUAUUUCUUUAAAUUAUUGUCAAAUGAGGAAACCACAUCUUUUAACCAGAUGUGCUCAUACAAAAUGGUCUCAUUGGGUUUAAUGCAGUUGAGCUGUAGUACAUAUUUUGGCUCAUAGCAUAGCUUUUCCUUUUCUGUAGAGCAGAGCUACUAAAAUAUGCCUGUUGGGUGUAUACAACGUGUUUAUUUAAAUGUAGCCUCACUGUUUAAAACGUUGCAUUAGUAAAUUUUUCAGUUGUGUUGGAGAGUUAAUGUUUCCAUGCCCUCUUGCUCGCAGGUGGCAAGGAUACCAUUACAUUCAGUGACCCGGCUAUGCCUAUUAUCCAGAGGUCUCGAUCACCAUUGCUAUCUUUUGCAGAUAAGCCACAGCAGAAGACAGAAGGUAAGCAUCUAGAGUCAUAACAAAAGGCUGGCGUAGGGCGAUUCGUCUCUUGUGCCACCGAGUUUGAAUGUGUAGGGGAAAAUAAGGAUGAAACUGUUUAGAGAUACCUGCAUUGUCUCAUUUUUGCACCACCAGAAUAGCAUGGGAAACAAGCCCAUGGCCACGGGACAGGAAACAAUACUCAGUGGUGGCUGGUGAGGCAGUGGUGUGUGUGUGUGUGUCUGUCACUCUCCUGGCUCAUAGCUGUCAAGUGUCCCUUAUUUGGCGGGACAGUCCCUUAUCCCAGCGCCAUGUCCCGCUGCUGUCCUUUAUUGAUGAGGCUUCAUUUGGCUGCUGGCUGGGCUUUCUAAAGCCUUUGGCUCAGAGGGGCUCAGAAGUUGAACAUACCUGUGCCCGGAAAAUCCCUUCCUUUGACUGCUGAUCCCUUAUUUUCGAGGCUGCUGGUCCCUUAUUUUCAAAUCUGUAAGUUGACUGCUAUGUCCUGGCUUCCAACAACGUGGGUCACUGCCACCUACCAAGAGGGUGAGUUAUGGUGCAGCAUUGUAGCUCCUGUCACCAUGUACCACAGUGAGCUUCCCAAACUUUGCGCCUCUCUGUAAGCAGCAGCGAGUCACUGUGUUGGGAAGAUGGGAGAGCAACAGAGUGUCGGGAUCUCCGCUCGGCCAAGCUGAUAAAGCUCAUUUUCUUCCCCCGAGUCCUUCGGAAUCGCCUCCUGCUUAACAACCUGAGCCUUUGAUAAGGCCUCAGGCACAUUCUUCAGCAGAGUUUCCAGCACAGGAAAGAGACGAGAGGUUUGGGCUACAUUGCAAAGAGUUUUAUUUCUAAGCUACGCAGACAGAAAAGACAUCCUCUCUCUAUGAAAGCAGAGAGCAACUGAACAAAGGAACAGGAAACCACUAACGUCACAUCCCGUCUCCUCUCCUGUGAGGCUUCCAACAGCCUGGAAGGUCUCUGGAAUGUAAACAGAGCCUUGUGACUCCAAGCAGCUGCACAGUGAUAAGAACAGAAACUAACACAGAGUGCCCAAUUUUUGCACGAUCCAAUCCAGAAUUUGGGUGAUCACUUGCAAGAGUAGGAACGGCAGAACAGACUCCUCCUAUGCGGGUUGGGGCUUUUCAUGUUGCUCUUGUGGUAGCCGUGCUGUAGUAAUUCACCUGCUGCCACUGCGGUUUAAGGAGACCGCAUUCUGCAGAAUGGCAUGGCGGUCUGGAAGGGGUAGAAUUCUGAGUCAUGCUGCUUUAGCCCAGAGGCAGGACGUCACUUCGGAAAAGUCCCUGCACAAAUUAAAGCACCACAUCAGGGAGAAAGGUUUGGCAUGGCCCUCCCCAUGAUGUGGUAGCUUCUCCCAGAAGAAAUCUUCUAAUGUUGAUAACUGUUAAAAAAUAAUAAUUAACUCCCCAUCUCUGGUCUGAGGUAGUGCAAUCCAGAAUCGUAUCACCUCAUUCUGUGCAAAGUGUAAAAGGGAUGUGUUAACAGAGGCUGAAAUCCUAUACAUGUUUACCUGGGAUUGAGUCCCACUUACUUACUUCUGACAAGACAUGUAUAGGAUGUCUUGCACUAGAAAUCCAUGUUUGGUCAAAAGGACUGGUUUAGGUCAGAUUAAAGAACAAGAAUUUAUCGGAUUGUUUGAGGGGUGAGGCAUUCUAGCUACUCCCAAGUAUGUAAAUAAAGCAGAUUUUCAUCCAACCGUACUUGCAAUUUCCUUGAAUUUAAAAUUAGCAAUUGAGGAAGUUGAGACACAUUAUGGGUGUACCAAAAACGGGCACAAACAGGAAAACACUAGCAUGGGGAUGAUAGUUCCAGUUUGAUUGGGUUGGGGAGCAGAGAGUUCCUUGUCAGGCAGUGUUAGCUGAUUGUCUCCCACAGCUCAGCUAUUGUCUUCAUGAGUUAAGGGAAUGGGCAAGUCUGAAUGGGAAAAUACAAAUAUUUUAUUUAUAUGUGGCCAACACUAUUUAAAGUUCAUACAAUGUUGGCCUUCCUUUCUAAUUCUUAUUCACGCAGAUCUGAUGCACAGCAUACAGUUCGUACUACUUCCUCGCAGUAAUUAGAACAUGGCUUUUCUUUGAUUUUUUUUUAUUAUAAAUCUAUUGCAAUGUCAGAUAAAAUCUGACUCCAAGGUUGAUUUAGUUCCAUGAACCUGGCAAACUGAUUUUCUUUUCUCCUCUAGUUGAAAAUAAGCAUAAUUUGAAGUAGCCUAUUAACCAUUCCAUCAUAAAAUAUUGCAAGCAGACUAACCCCAAUUAUCUAACAGGCUCCAGGGACAAUCAUUCCAUCAAACUAACAAGUAAGCAAACUUUUCUCCACACCUUACUGCCCUCUCAGAGUCUGAUCUGGAGGUCCCCCAUGUAUCUUAAUGCAUUUGGAUCAGCUAUAAUCAAGGCUGUUUGUAUAUUAAGCACACAUUUUGCACUAAGAAAAUUAGAAAUUCAGCAUUUAAUAAUAUGAGCAUGUGGUUACUUUGCAUACUGCUAUUCAGUUUUGCACAGUCCAUUCUGAUUACAGUAUUGGACUUUGAAAUGAUGUGGCAGGAAAGGUUUGGGAUAGAACGCCUUUACAGUGGUACCUCAGGUUACAUACACUUCAGGUUACAUAUGCUUCAGGUUACAGACUCCGCUAACCCAGAAAUAGUGCUUCAGGUUAAGAACUUUGCUUCAGGAUAAGAACAGAAAUCGUGCUCCGGCAGCAGCAGGAGGCCCCAUUAGCUAAAGUGGUGCUUCAGGUUAAGAACAGUUUCAGAUUAAGAACGGACCUCCGGAACGAAUUAAGUACUUAACCCGAUGUACCACUGUAUAUGAAUAAAUUCUAAUUCCUGUUUUGUAUAACUUUAUAUCACUGUUUUAUUCGUUUUAAGAUGAAUCUUCAAGGAUACUUCUUACAGAAUUUUAUACUGUACACUGCUUAGAGAGUUUUAAAAUAUUAAGUAUAUUAUGUUGUUGUUUAGUCGUUAAUCAUGUCCGACUCUUCGUGACCCCAUGGACCAGAGCACGCCAAGCACUCCUGUCUUCCAUUGCCUCCCGCAGUUUGGUCAAACUCAUGUUUGUAGCUUCGAGAACCUGUCCAACCUUCUCGUCCUCUGUCGUCCCCUUCUCCUUGUGCCCUCUAUCUUUCCCAACAUCAGGGUCUUCUCCAGGGAGUCUUCUCUUCUCACGAGGUGGCCAAAGUAUUGGAGCCUCAGCUUCAGGAUCUGUCCUUCCAGUGAGGACUCAAGGCUGAUUUCCUUCAGAAUGGAGAGGUUUGAUCUUCUUGCAGUCCAUGGGACUCUCAAGAGUCUCCUCCAGCACCAUAAUUCAAAAGCAUCAAUUCUUCAGCGAUCAGCCUUCUUUGUGGUCCAGCUCUCACUUCCAUACAUCACUACUGGGAAAACCAUAGCUUUAACUAUACAUAUAAUAAGACUAUACAUAUAAUAACUAGAAGUAGAUUGUAAAUGUUCUAAAAUAAAUAGAAGAUACACAGAAAUGGGAAGUGAGGGUCCACAAGCACAUACUUCCUAUGCAUUUCAGUGGCUGUUCUGAUCUGAUCAAAGUUACGCUUUUGUAUUUUUUCAUUCCGUGAAUGACCUGGAUUUUCAUCUUAAAAGUGGUCAGGCUUGGCUGUUCUUUUGGAGCCAAUUAUGUAGUGGAACUUGUGGAUAAAGAGAGAUCACGCAGGCAGCUUGUUCCCGUUACCCAUGCUCAAGUUCAAGGAACCAAAUCAACCUUUGCAAUCAUAAUUUAUUCUGUGUUGAUAAAUCACACGUGAACUUACCCAAAUAGUAGAUCUUUGUGUUGUGUAUGCUCAGGUCCUCUCGCUCCGUUAAAAGUGCAUGAGAAAGAGCAGAGAUGAACUCGCUAGCCUUACUCCCUCUGUCAGAUCUGCAGGUCCACUGCUCUCCAUGCACUGGAAAGAAGAAGCCUGUGGUAGUUCAUGGAAAGUUCUAUGUCAGAUUUAGAAUCCUGUACAAUAAUGGUUCUCAUUCACAGCAAAGCCUCUGGAGUACCAGGGCUGGCCCAAGGCAUUUUGGCCCCUGAGGCAUAGCAGAAAAUGGCAGGGCCCUAAUAGCCAGGGAAGAAAGGCAAAGACCUACGUCAGGAACAAGUGGGGUAUAAAGUUUUAUAUUAGGAACAAGGCAGGAGUGCACCCACAGCAGCAGCGGGCGAGGCAUCCCUUGGAGGCCAGAUCUGCUGCCGCCUGAGGCGGUCACCUCACCUUGCCUCAUUGGUGGGUUGGCCCUGAUGAGUACAGCGGGCUCCCUGCUGCAAGUAUUCAGUCCUUUAGCAUGCGAGCAGGAGGAGGGCCAAAUAUUGGGGACACGGCGGAGGGGAUGGGGCCAGCCAGCCAGCCUGUCUUUGCUCUUCCUCACGUGACACUAAUCGCGUUGGGGAACUGAAUGCCCAAAUCGGUGUCAUGCAUGCUGUGAUUCUGCCAGAGUGCACAAGAGGUGUUGGAUGUUGAAUUCAGCUUGCUGAGAAUCUCAGCAGCUUUCAGGCAUCAGAACUUGUUAAUGGGAACACAAAAUCUAAGGGUUUAGGGUUCAGCACAAUUCUCAUAAGACCUUCUCUGCUUCAGAAUUGAGGUGACGGAUCAGAUAUCCAAACUCCCCCCUUCAAAACAGCUCUGCAUAUGGGAAAUUAGAACUCUUCAGAGUUGGAGUUUGUUAGCUUUACACAGAGAGAGAGAGUUAAUGCUGUAAGAGGGGGCUCAAAAUGCAGAUCCUGCACUUGUUUUCUGAGGUGCUACAGUGUGCGAGUUGGUAUCCUAUGCCAGUGGUUUCCAACCAGUGUGCCAUGGCACCCUGGGGUGCCUUGAAUGAUGGCCAGAGGUGCUGCGGGCAACACUGGCCUCUGUCCCUCUUUCCUUCCCUUCCUCAUCUUUCAGUUCUCUGCCUCCCCAAGGUUUGCACAGCUGUUUAUUGCAGCAGCCCUGGCUAUAAGCUCCGCAGGCAAAUGAUGCCUCUGGCAGGCACCUCUCUUUGAGGGCAGGGGGCGCAUCUCAGAGACCAGGGAGGGUGUUUGAAAAAGGGUGAGAGACUGCCAGCUCUGCAGGCAAGGGGUGACAUAAAUGAGUUCCCGAGCCCCACAGGGGUGCUGCAGAAAGAAUGUAGUUGGUUCAGGGAGCUGUGGACUCAAAAAGGUUGAAAACCUCUGUCCUAUGCUCUUUCUGAAUUCUUGAGGUGUUUUGAAGAGCAAUAUACAGAAGGUAGUGGCAGAAAUAGAGCCUUCACAACCACCUCAUUACACUGUGAUGCUCUUUGCUAUCCCAUGCUUAUUAUUUAUUAAGUUGUUCCGCAGUUAGCAUUUCCAAUGGGAAACAAAACUUUCUUCCCUUAAUUUCUCAUACUUUUUCUGUCCCUCUACUUUGUUUUUCCUUUUCCUUUUUUACUCCACACUCCCCUGUUUUAUCUGCCCCCAAAUAUUAAAAAUACAGUACUUAAACGGUGGUCAUACUAAUUAAUACUCAAGAGAUUCAGACAUCUUGGCUGUAACUUCAGGCUGUCUCCAGACUCAAUGUAAUUGGGGUUUGUUUUUUAAAGAGUGUGUUACAUGAAUUCAAGUAAGUGUCAGUUCAGCUUUGUUUCCAUACUAAACUUCCCCCCAACCUGAAAAUUUAAGGUCUAGUCUAGUUCCUUCUCUCAUCACUUCUUCCCACGCUGCUGGGAAUGGCAAGGUUGGGUAUAUGCUUCGCUUCCAUGGGGCUGGUGUCCCGGCAGGACAGAGAUCACAAUGUAGUGGGAUGAGGAACAAAAUUAUUGGCACAUGUUUUCUGUGGAGUAACUUUGAAGGAGCCACGUAGAAGAUGCUUCUGAGAGUAAUGUGUAAGUGGGAAAGUGAAUUGAAUGGGAAAUGCCAUUGUGAGCCGCUGGGCUAGGUCAGAUGUACUAAUAAUUGCUCUAAUAGACCAUAAGUUUUAGACCCACUUCUUCCUCCUUUCUCUUGCGUGUCACAAUUUAAAACUCCCUGGAGUUUGUUAAACCACAGUUUGUUAAACCGUUAUAUUUGAACCGGGAAACUGUGGUUUAAUCUCAAGACUACUUACCAGGAUAUGAAACCAGAUGCUGAUCCAGGAGCAGGAAAUGCAUGAACACAACACUUGUUCUUGUUACAUCUGAACCCACCCAUUGAGUGAAAUAGCAGACUAAGGACUAGGUGAUUCUUAGAGACUUUUUUGGACAUUCAAAGGCAGCAAUAAGAAAAGAUUGAAUAGUGUGUAACCCUCCUCAUUCUUCUGAGUAUUGUCUGAAGGGAGAGAUCUUCUUCAAAUCCUCUGUGUUGAGAUUUAUACUCUUGCCCCUACAUCUCAUUGUGGAUGAGACAUUUUCUGCUUAGUUCAAAAUAUCUAAAGAGGGCAUUCCUGAAAAGGGUGUAAUGCUUGAGGACAGGCUUAAAGACAAUUCACUGUCUUGUGUUAUGGAGGUGCCUGCUUCUUGGUCCCCUCCAAACCUGGAACUGUGCUUUAUAUCUACAUAAAUGUGAUGUUUUCCCAUUUUUCUCUUCUAGAAGAAACCAGAGAACAAGAGGAAAUGUGUGCCGUUAAAACAGAAUUGACACUCCCAGAAAAAACGGCUGCAGUUUCUGAUGAUUCCUGCACAAACCAAAACAACGGUAACAAAACCAAUCAUUUUCAUCCAUCAUUACCCCAGUUUCCUUCUGAGGAAGACGGUGCAAAUGGGUUUGGGAAUGAAAUCAUUAAGCUGACAGAGGAGCAGGCAGCUGCGGAGCUGGAAGGGAGCAGAGCAGAAUGUUUGACAGAGAGCCAGGCAGCAGGUCAGCCAGAGCUCAGCAGCUCAUCCGAAGGCGAAUCCCCCUUGCCCAGCCCUCCUCCCUUUGACUCCACAGAGCCCUGCAACCUCCGGGAGAACAAACACACAAACGAGAAGCAGGCCAUGGAAGAAGAGACAGGAACCUCGGAAAGCGACACUGAGAAUCUUUGUGACAAAAAGGAUGAAAGCGGUGACACAGGGAACGCUGAGGAUGAUGAAAAGCAGACUCCCCCAACUCCAGAUUUCAGUGACAUUCCAGAUAAUGUACCUGCAGCUGUGACAGUUACAGACAGUGCUCCUGAUCUGGGCUCACCGUGACUCACUUUGACCGUGGGAUUGUUUUCAGAAAGGAUGUGUCCCCAGUCUCUUCAAGCUUCUCCCAGCUGCUUCCUUGUUUGUCUGUCAAGAAAGAUCUCCUAACACACACACGCAUCCAACACUUUGGUAUGUACAAACAAACAUACCCUAGAGAAAUGUGAAAAAAAGGAGCAAGACUAAAAUGAUGGCUUUCAGAAUUUUGCCCUCUGCUAUUUGCUGCGAUUAACGUUAUUAGAUAGAGUGACAUAAUUGAGAAUAAUGGGACUUAGCACCCCAUCAUUAUGCUUUAUCACGUCAGUUACAUCUCUGUCUCUUCAGCAUGUAUAAUUUUUGGUGCAGUGCCUGUUUGAAUGUAUCUUAAGAGCCUGGAACGUCGGGGGGGGGGGAGAGUUGCCUUUGGUGAAGCCGGCAGAAUCAGAAAUGGUAAAACAUAAAGGCUUCAAUGAACAAGCUUUUGUUUUCUCAGGGUGGGAGGUGAUUCUUCCUGGCACACACAGUUUAAUACUAAACAGCAAAUUGCCUUGAUAUAACUGGUGGCUGUACAUACACAGUGUCUGGUCAUCGGAUUAAUUACUUGCAGACAGACAAACACACAGCCUAUUUUGCUGUUUCUAUUUUGAAUGAGCUUUUUCCAGUAAGUACUAAGGCACAACAGCGUAUUGACAAGGCUGGCCAUGCUGGCCAUGUAUGCGCUACCACCCCUCCCUCUUUCCCCUUAUUCUGUCCCCUCUUCCUUGCAAACUGUGAGCUCUCGCUCUCUUCCUCUUCCUUCCCCCCUCUCUUUACUUUGCUGCAACUUCAGUUCUUGACUCAUCUCUCUUAUGGCUCACACUUUGGGUUGUAUCAAAUGGAGUUCGUCUGGCCUAGAAAUGGAAGUUGAACUUCGUCCAUGUCAGAAUGACGUCUUUUUGAGCUUAAACCAGGGGAGAGUUGGAAGUCGGAUGCCUUCUCUGCUUUCAUUUGAGCAGCGUUUAAGCUCAAAAGGUACACCUGUGCAGAAGGGAAGUAUAUAUUUUUCUUUCCCUUCUGAUCCAUUAGCCUUGUGGAUAAUAGUUGAAAUUACUCUUUUUUUCGUAGCCAUUUUCUCUCUUCAAUUCUUCCCGUGGUGGCAAUCAAUUAGCUUCCAGUGGGAGAGAGUCUUUAGGGCUUCCUGGGACUGCUGAGCAAAGCUUUCCAUAGCCUACUUCCACUGAUUCUGAAGUGUUUCCUUGCGGUUCCUGGUAGGACAAUGGCUGUGUAAUAUUUAUUGUGGAUAUUUUGCAGCUGUGGAGCUAAAGGGAGGCCUGAUUUUUGUGUUUUUUGGUUUGGUUUCCCCCACCCCCAAUAAGAAACAAUCUCAACAGCUGUAGAGCUUGUCUGGGCCUCCAGCCGUAGAGGCAAUUUUCCUGCUGGCUUGGGAACCUAAUUGCCUGUAAAUGUUCAUUUCUCACUCCUAGAACUUAAAACCAAUUGGAGAGCGGAUUAAUCCAAAUUUAACAAUGGCGUUCAUAAGAAAGGAGGGAAAUCCUUCCUGGUUUGAGCCUUAGUUUUACAAAAUAAAUACCUGCCAGCCGCACAUUGUUACAGGCUGCUUGUUAGCAGCUUCGUGCUGGAAGCAGCUGCAGACCCAAAUCUUGAAAGUCGGCUGAGCUAGAUAGCAAGUGUCGCUUUGACGAAGGGACUCCAAGUGGACAAGCAGAUUGUACCCCAGGCUUGGAACCAGGAGGAACCCUGAAAAGAGCUUCAGGAUCCUCCAGCCAGCUGGAACAAGUACUGGUUCUAACAAAUGUUUGGCUGCUAGAAAAACCCCAUUUGAUCGCUCUCACUCUCGCUCUCUGUACAACUUGCUCUUCUUCCAGUACAGCAAGGGAACAAGGAACAACGUCAUUAGGCGUCUUUCUACAGUACGUGGAGACUCCUUUUAGGCCAAAGAUUGUGGAACGGUUCCACAUGGACACAGAACAAAUGACAGCGUUUUCAAAGCCGGAGAGUUUUGUUUCAAUCUUUCUUUACUUUUUCAACCCGUUCAGUUUCUCUGUUCCAAGAGGAAAGGGGUGGGGGGAGAGACUUUGCAGUGUUCCUUUAACACUCCCUUGAUGUUGGGCAUUGCACCACUCUGCUAUUUGCAUCCCAUUCUUUUUGAGCAACACUGGUUUAUUCUAAAUUAAAUGCUUUUGUCUCUUGCAUUAAUAUGAAAAAAAAGUUGAAACCAUUUAUUAGUUUGCAUAAUUUCAUUCCUCAUAGUGCAGCGGAGGAGAAGGGGGAGGAUUACGUUAUCUCUUGAAUUUGUGGUACUGUUGCUUUUAUUGAUAGAGUAGCUGACAAUGUUAUCAACUCAGCACAGCGUUUGUGCUUUUAUUGGUAAAAUAACAGAUAGCCUUAUUGUCUCGAUUUGUUGUUAUAGGAAUGACAAAACUGAUACAGUGGGAAGAGUAAUGAAUAUGCACCAAACUUAUGAAUAUGAAAUUCUGGAAUUUUGCUCAUCAUAAAUAAGACAUUCCACAUCCCAAUGUUCAUUUCAAGAUAUAUAUUUCUUUCUGGUUUUGUCACAGCCUUGAUAAGGGCUACAGCUAAUGCUGAUGAAGUCCUAGCGCAGAAAAAAAUAGACAAGUAGGGAGGGCAGCUUAACGUAAACAAGUGCACACCAUGAACGGCCAAUGUUUUGCAUUGCUUUAAAUUAUGGAGUGAGGGCUGCCAUUUUCAUUUUUUAUGUAGCGUCUAGUUUGGAGCCCAGCUGCGCUAGUGGAAAUGUUUGCAUUUGAGCUCAGUAGCUUCCGGUGAGCUGGAAUGAUGCUAUCGUAGGGAGAGAUUGAAUUAAGGUCAUAUAUGUGUAAAAGCAAGUACAAGCCUGAAGAACCAAGCCAAGUUUUUAAACAAUGCAUGUAGCUAUUAAGGUAUUAGUAACAGAUACGCUGCUCUCUAAAAAUAAACAUUCCUCAACCCCGUGAUCUAAAAACUUCAGUAAUCCAAAGAGCAGGGGGUGAUUCAGUGACUACUUACACAGUUGCAAAGAGCGACAGGGGAUAUAGCAGGUUAAGUGAUAAUUGAACUUCCGAAACCCAGUCACUAUCCAAAUCCAUGAAGUAGCCCGUUCCCUCUUUUCUUUACUUCCAGUGUCGCCACUCACUGUAACUAUGUGUAAUCUUAUAUCUAGACUUCCGGUGAUACAGAUUUGGGGGGGGGGGUUAUCAGGUAAUGUGAUGGCCCCAUGUUAUAGCUGAAUUCUUGUCAAUAACACUCUUCCUGGUUUACUUUCUCUCCGUUCUUCUGCUCCUUCGAUUCCAAUCUUUGAUUUGCUGGCUUCCUUAACCAUUUAAAGGUCAAGUGGGCUACAUUCCAUGUCUUACGCUUACAGAGAAGAGAUGGCAGACUGAUAAAGUGGUGGUACAUCCAACGACAUCUAGUUUAGACCUAACUUACAGUCCUCCGCAUGUUCACUCACAAGUAAGUCUGGUUUCGGUGUUCAGUUGCACCAGAAGCGGCUUAGUCAUGCUGGCCACAUGACCCGGAAAAACUGUCUGCGGACAAACGCCGGCUCCUUCGGCCUGUAAAGCGAGAUGAGCGCCGCAACCCCAGAGUCGUCUCUGACUAGACUUAACUGUCAGGGGUCCUUUACCUUUUUAAGUCCCCCUGUGCUCUUACUGUGCUUAUAGCAGCAGCCUUCAGUUUCAAAAACAUUGGCUUGUUUAUCUGAGAGCAGCACAGUUGAUGCUAUUUAUCGCAGAGGUUCUUAUGAGUAUCAGUCGUGCUUCCUUGUUGGGACUUAAUUCUUUGCUAUCAAAAACCCUGGAGAGCUUUCCUGUUUGUUUUUGAUUGCCACUUGCACAGGUUAUAGCAUUGCAGCUAUAUUCAUUUAGCUGCUGGUUGAAACCAGUACGUGGCCCCAUAAAUUUGCACUUGCAUCUAUAUACCGUAUUUUUUGCUCUAUAAGACUCACUUUUUCCAUCCUAAAAAGUAAGGGGAAAUGUGUGUGCGUCUUAUGGAGCGAAUGCAGGCUGCGCAGCUAUCCCAGAAGCCAGAACAGCAAGAGGGAUUGCUGCUUUCACUGUGCAGUGAUCCCUCUUGUUCUGGCUUCUGAGAUUCAGAAUAUUUUUUUUCUUGUUUUCCUCCUCCAAAAACUAGGUGCGUCUUAUGGUCCUGUGCGUCUUAUAGAGCGAAAAAUACGGUAUUUUUCAGUUGCAGAAAACAGUCCGUGCCAGUGGUAAUGAAGCCUGGCCGUCUGGGUACAAGAAUGCCAAUUCCCCUUAUCACUUGUAUAUAAUUUCAGGGGGUUGGACUAGAUGACCCCAGGAGCCCUUUCCAACUCCAUGAUAACCACCUUUGAACAUGGAAGUGCGCCACAGUGGAUCUACGUAUUAUUUUUACAUGCCAAGUUCUCCAACGUCCCUUUGCGACCUAAGCCUUAUUCCGGCAUUCGUGCAGUGAAGCCCUUCUCCCAGUGGAAGUUAAAUGGCUACAAGGGAGUGCUCCUUGUACUUGUUAAACCUCCCUGCACAAUUUAUAGCUUUCACUGGGAAUUACAGCAGGCUCUCUGUCGCAGGACUUUGUCCUCCAGUGUGUGGUGGGAGUGUGGAUGCAAUGAAGAUAGUGUGUCCAGCUCAAGGGGAAAGCUUUAGCCUGCUCCACCUUAACCUUCCUAGUGUUGCUGAAUGCCUCCCCAUUAUUUCUCCCAUAAAACGAGUAGCUGCCAUUCUCUUUCACGGGGCGGGGGCGGGGGAUAAGCUCUUUACACUGGGACAUGGAUACUAUGAGGACACUGAGUGUUCACUCAGCAGGGGGUGGGGUGGCUGUGGGGUGAAUAUUGCCAUUCAUGAUAGAAAAGAAUAAAAUCCAGUUUCAAAGGUUCGGUCCAGUUCGACCAAGAAAGAGACAGAACGCAGCAUAGGGCUGCGAUUAUCAGGCUUCAGCUGUAAAAUGAAAUACCGUAAGUCUAGUCUUAGGAUUCUGAAUAGGGAUCUGCUAUGUCAAGUUCUUGGCUUUUUGUUUCUUUCUCUCACUAGGACUCGUUUUUCAUUUUUAUCAGUUCUGGAGGCUCUCAGAAAUUAAGACUCCUUUCAUAAGUUCAGGUGUUUCUUUAAAGCUUUUCUUUUAAGGAUUCCCUCGCAUCCUUCUGCAAAAGGCAAUGAACACUGUAAUGUCGGGGGGAAACCCCAAAUGUUACAUUUUAAGACUCUUUUACGUUAAAAAUGUGUUUGAUAAAUCAUUCAACCGUGCAAAUUUUCAGUGGUCAUGGAAACAACCUCUUUUUGAAGGAAAAAACAAUCUUUUGGUAGUGGAGGCUAAUUUUAUGCACAGGGCAUUUUAUAUAAUUCACCAGAAGUUUUUUUUAAGUCAAGAGCUCUCAAGAAUGUAUUUUAAUAAAUCGGGUGGAAAUCAUGUUUUUUAAAAACCUUAAAUAAAUUAAUUGCUUUAUAAAAUUCUGCUGCUGGUUAAUAAUUUCCUUUAAAAAUGUGUAUUCUAUUUAUUUGCAGGCC